GUAAAGGAAGCCGCGUUAUUUAUUUCUUGGAGGGGACGGAAGUGGCGAGGAAGCUUGGCCUUUCGCGCUUCCCGUAGCUCGGGCGAUACCAACUGCCUCCGCGAUUCCGAGGGAGAGGAGAAAAAAGGGGGGAAGAAGAAGGCGCGCUUAUGAACGGCCUGCCUCCGGGGGCCGCACGCGAAACCUUGAUGGGGGGAGCCUGACGCGCCGACAAGCCGGGAGAAGCGGCCUUGGCGCGCGCCUCGGAGGCGGCCGCGGGAAAAGGGCGAGGUGAAUGGGCGCCCCCUCCCCUCCCACAACCUGCCCGCGCUGAGCUACUGGGAAGCCAGUGGGCGGGGCUCAACGGGCAGCCGUGGCGGCUGGGUAAUGGCAGCCCUGUGAGGAGGAUCCCGGGGAGCGGAGGGGCAGGAGCCGCAGCCUGCGCAGGAGACGCGCCGUUUGGGGAGGGGGCGGGGAGGCGACACUGACCCAGGCCUCUCCUGUUGCCAGGUAACGGGGGGGAGCGGGGCCGCCCUCUUUCUCCGCUUCUCUUUCCUCCGCCUCCCCCCACCCCCCUCGCCCAUUUCCCUUGUGGGUCAGGCGCCCCUUAUGUUCUGCCUCGUCCCCGGCGUUCUUCUUUUCUUUUCGGCCUUCUUCUUCCCCAUGUCUGGAGAACGGGCCGUAGGAUCUAACCUGCCGGUAUGUGUCCCGCUGCUGCGACCCGUCCCCGUUUGCUGCCCUUUACCCUGAGCCCCGACCUCAUGGAUGUUUGCGGGCGUGUUCAGAAACUCCGGGUCGGAUCCAGACUUGUGCCGUGCUUUGCAUUGCUUUCCAUGGGGCUUAAGCCUCUUGGCUCGUUUCCUGGGAGCAAGUCCCCCCACCCGCCCAUUGAAGUCAUCAGGGUUUACCUCUGAGUAGACACGGUUAAGGAGUGCGCUGCUAGUUUUGGAUCAUAACCUUACCUGUUAAGUGUGUGGCAUCAAAGAACACCUGAAUAAGACUGUGCUCAAGCAAGCACUACGAGGGUACAACCGCAGGCCUUUUGUUCCCAUUUUAGAAAUAGCAAGGCAGUCACAAACAAAGAAGUGUCUAAAUGAAUGGCAAAAUGCAGGGAGGGUUAAUGUUGUUUUAGUUCAGUGUUCCCGGUUUUGCUUUGCAUGAGUAAUACUGCUGGAUUUUUAAACCAGGUACUGAGUGAAGGUGAUGGUUCUAAGAAUUCUGAUAAUGAAAAAUCCGGCUUGCAUGCAGUAAAUUGAAAAUUUAUGUAUCACUUUUUUCCAUUAUCGCCUCAGCAAAACAAGACAGUUUUAUUAAAUCCACUGGGCGUUUGGACAUCCAAAAUGUGUCCUUUGAAACGCCACCAACUGUUUGGCCCAUAAAAUUAAAUUUAUCUGCAACAGUUUUGAAGAACUACCUCUAAGAAAGCCAUAGCCUUAAAAACAACUUCUCCAGAAAAAAGUAUCAUUGACAAUACCCUCUCCUGGCAUUUAUCCUAUCAGAAAAAAUCCUCCUGCACAAGAGUGUGAAAGAUAUUAGCAAUGAACAUCAUAUUCCUGUUGUGGUUUACAUUGCAAAUAAGGAGAUAGGUAGUUGAUACUGCCUUGACAGAAGUCAAUAGUGAGCCUUCUUUCAUUGCUUCCUGCUCUCUCCAGACAUCUCUCAAAUGAUUUGUGAGAGAUGAAUUAAAAUAGUCACUGUUGGGCUGCAUGUUAGUGAAUGCAAGAAUUAUAGCUCUUGCACUUUUUCUAGUUGAGAAUUAACUGAAUUAUAAUUACAGCAUUAUAAAAUACAAACAUCAUGCUGUGUCAUGCAGUAAACCAGGGAUACAUCUUAUGCACAUUUAACUUGCAUGCAAUCAGCUUUACAUACUUGGCCAAAAAAAAUUAUUAAAAUUAAAAAUUGGAAAGGGAACAGGCUUCCAGGGGAAUUUUUUUUUUGCAAACCCACUUGUCGUUAAACCCACUGUGCUUUGACUAUGUGAUUUUGGCUUUAUAUGCUAUCACCAGAAUGUAACCGCCACAUAAGUUGAGAGUCACCUGUAUAUAUGUAUCUCAUUCCAUUUUAGCAUAUAAACCUUUUCCUUUUUUGGUGUAAUCAUAUGUUUUGUAUCUCUAUUUAUAAAUCCAUUCACACACCGCCAAAUUCACCAUUCACUUAAUGUAUCCUAUCAAGAUGACUUCAACAGUGGACCUGGUUAGAAUACCUACCAGGAAGGAUUUUUUCUUUAGCAGGUAUCAAUUUCCCAAGGCUCGGACAAAGUUAAGAUGUGGAGAGAUGUAAUGUGCAUACCUCACUAAUGAAGUACUACCACAAUGUCGUCGUAUUCUGUAGAAUCUUAGGACCACUUCACACUUGAUAGGGACUCAAAAACCUUCUCCAUGGUGGCGCUCCUAUUUUUGAAGUGCUCAUGAGAAAUGGCUGGCACCAACUCUUAUUUGCUUUUACAAAGGGCGUUUAUGCUAAGACUUGGCCAUUUGUUAUUGAUGGCUACCCCUGUGCUGGGUAGUUGUUUUAAUUUAUUAACUGGCCCAUUUAUGCUAUUAAUUGAAUAUUUUUUGUAGUUAUCUUUUAUUGUUUUAUCCCUGAGCUCACUUGCUAAUGAGGGGUGAGCUAAAACAUGCUUAGAUUGACUGAAACAAAAUUCAUGCCCACAUUUCCCUUAAUGCACAGUUGUUAUCUCCAUUAGGGAAAAUGUCAUUAUGCCAUCUGAUAUGGUGUUAGUCAUGGGUUUGUUGUUUUUGUUUUUAAAAAAGGACUGGACAGAAAUUCAUGAAAGAUAGAGCCAUGAACUGCUAUUAGCCAUAACAGAGACAAUGAAAAUUAUGUAUUUAAAGCUGGUAUACUUUUGAAUAUCAGGUGAUGGGGCAGCCAACAUGGGAAAACACUUAUUACUAUCAUGUUGCACAUGGGAGUUAUGGGGAAGAAUCUAGCAGGCCUCCAGACGCUUGUCUGAUAAGUUCAGUCCUUGAGGAUAUCAUUUUCAUAUAUUGUGUCUAUCUUCCCCCAAGUUUUGUAGACUUCAGGAUUAAGCAAUUUUAGUUCCAACUCAUCUUAAGACAUCUUUUAGAUUUAUCAAGAAAGACCAGUCUGAACUUCUUGUGUGUGAAGUAUGCCUGGAUAAGAUAGGAAUGCAGGUGUAAGUUGGUGUUAACAGAAUUGCCUGAAGGUAAAAUGUUGUAAUUGAUUCAUAAAGAAGAUACUAUAGGAAAUUGUAACUCUAUAAAUUAUGCACCUUAAAGAACUGUGUUAGGUUUGUUCACAUAAACAGUUUUUUACUUAUUGACAUACCACCCAUAGUAAAUUAACCAAUUUCCAUCUUUCCGAAAAGUAAUAGCAAUUGAUUCACCACUGUGAGAACUGUCAACGGUUUUAUUCUGUUUCUGUUUCUGUUCUACUUCCGAGUGUUUGCCCCUUGUUUUCCAUUGUUUCUUCUCUUCUUUCAUUGUAUUCUGAAAUAGUUAUUGAUACAUCUUUGCUAUGAGUAAGGAAGCAUACAGUGUGCUGUGUUUUAAAAUGGCGAUUUCGCUUAUUUCUACAGAAUGGCAAAAAUAGUGCUUUUAGAAUAGCCAGCAUUAUCAGCUAAAUUUGGGUUCAUUGGUCUGCUCAGAUAACUUGAAGUAAUGUUGGUAUUGCUGUUAUGAGUGAACAAAUACAAACUUAUUGAGGAAUAUUGAAUAUUCCACACCACUUGGAAAUUGCUAGGAGUCUAGGUAUAAAUAGUCAUUAUAAUAUGUUAUACAAAUAAAACCACUUACACAACUCAUAUUUUAAUAAUGACAGUAUUUUUAGUCUGACAGAUGCACCUUUUUGGAGUGCUAAGUUCUCUGAAAUGACUCUUGCUAUCAAAAAACCAAAGUGCUAUGUCAAGUCUAGAUACUUUCAGCUGCUUCGCAACUUUUCUGUGGACCUGAAUGGAUUUUGUGAACUAGAGUUUGAGAAUCUCUGCUCUAGCCCUCAGUGAGCCCAGGGUUAGUACAGUUAUUAACUGCAGUUUAGAGAUCGGGAUAUGGGUAUAUCUGCCCCCCCCAUCCUCUCUUCAGCUGGAUAUCCUUGCCUUGCCGUAACCACACUUAAAGGUCAGGUUGGCACCAAUGUUGACUCGGUGGAUUAUUUCAAAUUGUGGUUCUGAUUCUGUUUUGGAAGCAGACUGUUAUUAGCAGUAAGCAGCAAACUAUGGUUACUAGUGACCAGGAAGUGGCGGAGGGAGUCUGCUUGCAUGAGAAGGAGGAGGGGUGUUUAAGCCCGCAGUAAGUUCCUGAUGGCAGAAGAACUGAUUUGUUGACCUGAACCAGUUUGCUUUGUAGAGAGUCUUGGAUUCAGUGCUUGGUUAAGUGUACAUUUCAGUAUGGUUUGUGUUUAAAUUCAGAUUUAAUUUUAAAUCUAUAUAGCAUAAAAUGCACACACACACAUCAGAUCUUAUAUAUAUAUACAAUAUAAAUAAAUGAUCUCUUUGGGACAUUAAUAUGGUACAGUGAUUGUCCCAAGAUCACCCAGUGAUCCAUGACUGAGUGGGGAUUUGAACCUUGGUCUGUCCAGUCCUCCUCCACUACACUUAACUGUUCUGCUACACUGACUCAUUUAAAAGUAAUUUUCUACAAUUGAAGUGCAAGCUAUUUAAGUGCAACUCAAAUUUUCUGUUUGUUUGCUACUUAAUUGCAGCAUCAUCGACCUCCCUAUUGGCUUCCUGUUGGAACAGCAAAAUCAUUCAUUGUUACGGGAUUACAUUUGCUAUUGCAAGAAACACCUAAAAGGAAACAGUUUGGCUACUUUUUCUCGGCUCUGUGCUACUCUGUGUACUUUUCCUAGAAACCUCUCUAGGUCUGAUGCAUGUAAUUGACCCCGAUCUACUCAGGCUCUUUCUGGGAAUCAUGCUGUUUGUUCUGUGAUUCAUUCUUGCGCGCAUUAUUUGUAGUAUACAUGGCAACAGUGAGGACCACGGAAUAUUGCACUUUGCUAGAGAAGUACCACAGAGCAACAUUUCUGUAGCAAAGAUUUCUAAGAGUACCAGCAGAAAUCAGCCUGGGUAAUAGAGCAGGUCGGUUGGGGAAGCUUUUAAUGUUUGAUGUUUUGUGUUUUUAGUAUUCUGUUGGGAGCCGGCCAGAGUGGCUGGGGCAACCCAGUCAGAUGGGCGGCAUACAAAUAAUACAAUCAUCUACAUCCUCCUCCUCCUCCUCCUCUAACCAAUUAUAAGGUUUAAAACAAAAGAGUUAAGCGAUAUAGUAAUAUUUUGUGGCUAACAUUAGUUUGAAACUAAUCAUCUGGAUUUUUCUCUUUUUUGCAGAUCAAUACUAACGCCCCACAAUGUCCUUGAAACCACGAGUAGUUGAUUUUGAUGAAACAUGGAACAAGCUGCUUACAACAAUUAAAGCUGUUGUUAUGUUGGAUUAUGUGGAAAGAUCAACAUGGAAUGACCGCUUUUCGUAUCCUUUUAAUAGAAGCUGGCCUCUGAUUGCAUGUCAUCGUGUGGUCUUGCAGAUAUUGGUUUGGCGUAACCUUUCAUAAAUUUGCUCCCAGCAUUAUGCCAGCUGGAAUAAAAUGUCUUCUAUGACCCCCAUUUUUGACAAUUUCUGAGAAAGCGAGGACCUCAUUGUAAAAAAAAGUUGUCAGAAAUGUUGCAUACAGUGAAAUGGGGAAAAUCUGAAUUGAUCACUUCCUAAGAACUGUUGCUAUGGAUAAAUGAUAAUGAUUGUCUAAUUACAUUGAGUUUAGUACAUGACUUUUUGGUAUAUAUUCUGAAUGCAAGAUGUGGCUUUUUUAUUCACUUAGAGCAGACAAAUUGACAUCCCUAAUAAAUAUGCCAACAGUCCGACUGGCACAAGUAGCCUCAUCUGAACUAUUGUUUAUUGCUUUACUGCAGUUGGGUUAGAUUUCUAACUGUUGCUUUGAUUGACUAUGACAGUGGAUAGCUUGAUGUUUGGUUUGCUCUGGAAGAAAGGAUAGCCAUCCUUUGUAUUAUUGGUAACAGUGACUGCCUUUUUCCAGAGAAUCGUUCAACAAAAGGCCUUUUUGAAGGAUUGUCAGUGUAUUUGCAAUUAAUUAUUUGUAUAAGCUGGAUGCAACCCAUCUAUAAAUUCAAAUUGUGAAUGUUUACGUUUGCAAGAUAAGACACAUGCUACUGAAGGAACUAGUAAAACCUCAAGCCAGGUGGAAUCUGUCAGUAGCUAUUUCCUUUAUGACUCAGUAGCAGAGCGACUGUUCUCAUCAGCAUAUACAAAGCUGGACACUUGGUCUAUCUGUAUAGUCUGCACUGACUAGCAGUUGCUCUCCAGGGUUUCAGACAGGAUUCUUUCCUAGACCUUACCUGGAAAUGCCAGGAAUCGAAGCUAUAUUUUGCUGGAUGCAUGACCAAUUAUCUUUUGGAAUAUGUAGUAUAGGGGAUGGAAACAACCUGCUUUUCUUACAGAAACAACCUACCUACCUAUGAUGUUGAUAUUAUAUCCCAGUAAACUUAGUACAUCAUGAUGCAUUAGUAGAGGGGAAUCUAUUGUACCUUACAGAUGGGUGCAAACAAGUUGUCCUAUGUAGGCAGUUGCUGUUCCUUUGCUCAUAUGAUGCCCAAAUGUGUUGAUGUUCACAGCAGGUUUUAAUUCAGUUUUUCGAUAGUGCGUACCUUCCUUGAGACUGAAAGCAGAGUAAAUAUGCUCAGGAUACUGUGCUCCAGUAUAAUACCAAGUCCUCUUGUAAAGAGCAAUGGAGAUCACAUGCUACUUUUAUUUAAAGCAUUGACUCACUUUCAGCUACCUUUUGACCUUCAGAUCUGUUCAGCCUGAACCCCUGCAGGAACAAGAUAUUUCUGGCACUGUGCUUCCCUCGCAGCAUAACUUAAGCAUGUUACUAGAAGUAAUUUACUGUUUUAUAACUUCAUUCUAGAAAGUUAGUUUUGCUUUUUAAAGUAAAAGUCAUUUCCAAGUUUCCAUUGAAUAGUUCAGGCUGGUAGCAACGGAUUUUUGAUGUGGGAGGGUGCCUUUUAACACAAUUCUGUCAUUCUGUCUUUACUCCAUUUUUCACCCUAGUAAAUGACUCCUGUUUCUUUAUGCCCCUGCUCUCAUUUCUUGGCAUUGGUUGUUCUUGAAUUGGUCGAUAGGCUUUCAACAAGAUCUUAUUGCAGCAUUUGCAAUGUGUUACCAUAAUACCAGUGGUUACCAAAAUACCACUUCUGUCCUCUGGAAACCUGUUUGUUGCUUCAGGAAGGUAAUCCAUAAACUGCAGUAUAGUUCUGGUUCUAAACACAGAAAUCUAAAUAUAGGAAGAAGAACAAAUUAUGGAGGGUUCUGCUUUUUGAGGGUGCCCCCACUGCCUGCUACAGGAGUGUCCUCACCAGGAUGCUAAGCAAGGUGUGAAGGGAACUGAAACAGAAUUUGGGUUAAGAGAAUCAGACUUUGCAGCAUCAAGCAAGGCAAAUACAACAGGACCCAAAAUUCAGCUGAGACCUUAUCUCAUCAAGCAGGUUGGAUAGCCUCUAGAACUCCACCCAUCAAAUGAAGAUGCUGGGUAUUAAAGGACUCAGGUGCUGUUUAAUGAUGAUGAUAGCUUCUACCUUUUAAAACAGAAAAUUGCUUUGGGUAGUGGGUAGACCAAUUCAGAUGUUUCACCCAAAGGUCAGCUGCCAUUUCAAGACCUGAGGUCUAGUCACUUUUUCUUCUCCCUUUGGAAAGUUCCCACUGAAAUUCUACAUAUUGCAGAUUCUGGGGCCAUGAGACAAGUGUCUGAUCAUUAUUGGAAAAGUCACUAUCAGAGGGGCUUGAUCACACAGAAAUAUAUGAGUUUAGUGAAUCUUAAUGCAGAAAAGCUUAGGAAUUGAAGAAGGGCUUCCACUUGGUUCAAAGUCCAGUUCACAAUUUGUUGCUUAUCUUUGUAUUUUUCAGAAUAACAUGGUUAGGGCAACUGCUUAUUAUUUGCUACAAUGAGUCAGUCCUUAUGAAAACUACUAGGUAUGUAAUGAACUCCCCAGACUUUAAAGGUUUCUCAUAAAUGCAACAGCAGCAACAUUUUCUGGUAUUCAGAAAUAAAAAGCUGGCUUCAUAGAUUCCUUCUAUAGGCAGGAUUUUAUUUUAGAAAGAAUUCUUUUUGUUUCAUCCUUUAUUUCGUGCUUCUAGUCUACUCAGUUGCUUUAGAAAAGACCAAGAGUAUAAUAGUUCUUUUUCCACAUAGAUGCAUCAGCUAUGGACCAGAUCCUUCUGGAAAAACCUUGCUUGUUUCAAUGCUUUGUGUUUUGGAUGGCUUAUGGGGAAAACAAAUUUGACAGUGUGUUUUUUAUAAUGAGCAAUGAUAACGUGGUGCCAUUAUCAUUUUUUUGGCUAGAUAUCUUACUUUUCUCUUCUGUCUUCCAGGAAAGCUUUAAUAGAGGUGGGGUAUUGGGGGGAGGAGGCUUAUUUUAGGAACUAUGUAGCCUGUUAUGACAGACAAAUUAGACUGCAAGACAUUUUUAUGGAGGAGAUAUUAUUUCACAUAUGGCCAACUGUUACGUUGUUAGUGUUGAGUAUUCAAAGGAAGCAGACCAUAAUGAAGAACAUCCUCUCGGAAGCCAAAGUUUACAAGAAGAACAUGCUGAAGCUUCUACUAGUAUGAAGUGGUGUAUUGUUAAAAAUCUGUAGGUAACUUUGCUCUUGUUGUGAGGAACUGCUUCCUGCUCUAGACUUGGAGAAAUAACACUGUUCUCAAAAAAGGAUUGUUUGAAAGAUACCGUUUCUUUACAGGUUAUGCUACACUGUAAAUACAGGCCAGGGCAAAAGGCCCCUGCAUGGCAUUCUGGUGAUUUUCAGGCCCUACAUUCCCACUUGUGAUGCUUUUUCUAUAGGCUGGGAAGGCCUCUCCUGAACAGCCUUCUCUGCAGUACAUGGAACUGCAACUGAAAGAGAAAGCCAGCAACUUUUCCAUGUGCAAGCCUUGAAACCAAGCCACAUUGUUCAUUUGUUUUUAAGAUCUUGUUAAACGUUUGGGUUAAGAGAAUUUGAAAAUAUGUUUCAUCCUUGACUUUAAACCCAGGGACAUUUACGCUUUGUGUGUGGCCUAUCCUGAACCACUGGGGGAGAGACUUUAUAUGGAAACAAAGAAUUUUUUGGAAAAUCAUGUACGCCAUUUGCACAAGGUAACUAUAAAGUGUACAAGACAUGAGUCUUCUCACUGUAUGAGGAUUUCAUGACUGUGAAUACAAGCUGUUUCACUAUUUGUUAAGGAUUACAGUCAUUUUUUAAUUUGUAAAAUAUUUUGUGAAUUACAACCUGGGAGUAGGGCUAGCCGAUACAGUGGUACCUCAUUUUGAGUCCGGGAUCUGUUCCGGAGCCCCGGAUGCUCGAUGAAAGGGACGCUCGACAAAGCGCAGCUUUGCGCAUGAGCAAUUUUGCACUUCUGCGUGUGCGCAAGCGACAAACCCAGAAGUAACCCGUUCCGGUACUUCUGGGUUUGCUGCAGACGUUCCACAAAAUGGACGCUAAACAGCCCGGACUCACUACGAGGUACUACUGUAUAUCAAUAUAUAGUCCAAAACCGGUAUAUCAAUAUAUAGUCCAAAACCCUAUUGUGAUACUGGUUUUAUAAUUUUUGACCUGGCAAUAUAUUAUGCAUCAUGAUUUGUGUGUGUAUGUGUAUUCGCGCUGUGCAGAAAUCACAAUGUAGGAAAAACCGUGAAGCCAGCCGUUCCCUCAACAUAGCUCCAUUGUUAUUUCAGACAUUGUGAUAUAUCAGUAUAUUGCAACGUUUAGCUGGUGAUAUAUCAUGAAGUUGAAAACCAAAUAUCACCCAGCCCUACUGUUUGUGUCUACAUAGUUCCAUCCUUAUUUCAGACAUCAUUAUAUAUUGGUAUAUCACAAUGUUUAGCUGGUGAUAUAUUGCAGUGUUGACAACCAGAUAUUGCCCAACCCUACCUGAGAGUAGCAUGUAAAUAUGUAUGGUAUUUCCCCCCAAAAAAUUUGAAACAGUGCAGAUAUGAGAAUGUAUUAUAGAAUUUUGUUCUUUAGCAUUUCUGACAUUGUUACUACAGUGCAAAUUGUGGAACUGAUCUUUUUCCCUUAUGCUUUUUUUUGUAGAGAGUCAUGGACUCUGAAGAACAGGUACUGGUAAUGUAUCAUAGAUACUGGGAUGAAUACAGUAAAGGGGCAGACUAUAUGGACUGUUUAUACAGGUAAAUUUUGGAGAAAACAUGUUAAAAGUGUAAUUGAUGCAAAAAAAAUUAUAGAAGAAAACUGAAGCUGUUGGGAGAUGGACACAGUCACAAUUUGAUUUCAAAACUAUGUUUAGGACAGGAUUAUGAAGUGCUUCCAGAAUUAUUUUAUUUAUGUAGGUUACAACAUGUAGAUGCUUCUCUUACUUACAAAACUCAGAUUAAUAAAAAUAUGACAACUAAAAAGAUAUUCUGUAUGAAAUAUAUUCUUUGUUGUGUGCAUAUAUGCAGAAAUGUGGGGUUUUAUAAAGGUUUGUUUAGCUGUUAAAUGACAGUUUAGAUCAGCAGAUGCGCAGGAAGAAUGCGAGCAACUUGUCCAUUUCCCUUGCAAUUAUACUAUGCCUUUCAAGAGAAAGCCUUACUAUCCUCUAGUGGAUCCAGCAACCAUAGAUUUAGGAUAAAUAUUUUUGGAUAGUUUGUUGAAUGCCUGUAGGAUGGGCACCGAGUGAUCUUAUUUAACUAAUUCAUUUAAAGUAACGUAACAGUGGAAUGGGAAAAGAGUUAAUUGUGGCUCUUGGAGGAAGAACAAGAACAGGCUUCAGUUGCUAUAAAAAGUGAGAGUGCACCCUGGUCUUAAACAUGCUUCUAUGGGCAUAAACCCUGUUUCAUAAAUCCAGCAAUGCACAAGCCUCUUCAGUACACAGCUAGGUUUCCAGUAGGCUUUCAGGUCUGCUCAAAGUUGAGGAAAACCAUGUAUAUCAGGCUUCCAUGUAAUCAGGCAUUCAUGUGGUGGGUCUGCUUAAGAAUGUAAUAAAAUCCUGUUGGAUCAGAGCAAUAGCUCCUCUAGUUUAGCAUCCUGUUCUCACAGUAGCUGACCAGAUGCAUGUGGGAAACCCACAAGCAGAAUUCAAGCACAAGAGCACUCUUCCCAGUUUCCAGGAACUGUUUUUGUUUUUUUUUUAGAAGCCCCCAACUGCAGCAGCAGAGCAGAGCCAUCAUGGCUGUAAACCACUUUGAUAUAUCAUAGAAAUGAGGUCACUGUUAUUCUUCUCUCCCUUAAUUUUGACCCAAAUGCUCUCACUUUGGCUUUGAGGUUCUAAAUCUUGGAUCUCUUCACAGGUAUACACAUCCCUGACAUAUAACGCCACUCAUCCUCCUUUCUUGUCUUUCUUUUCAUAUAUUUUUAUGACACAGCAAAUAAUUUUAUAAAGAUUUAUAAUAAUUAUAUCUAACACAGCCAUUGUUUCCUGUGUGGUGUUGUCUUCUGCCUACAGCUCUAUGAUUUUGAUAGUGAGAUGUGUCUUUUUUUCCUGACCUAGAUUUGCUUCAGAAAACAUCUGAAAACACUCACAAUAUGUUUUGUUUUCAUAGAUACCUCAAUACACAGUUUAUUAAGAAGAACAAAUUGACUGAAGCUGAUCUUCAGUAUGGUUAUGGAGGUGUGGAUAUGAGUGAACCAUUGAUGGAGAUUGGAGAGGUAGGCAGUCUAUGGAUGUUCUUCCAGAAAGUUAAUAAGAAGUGCAUUUAAUUCUCUCUUCCUCACAAUAACUUGCCAUGGACACCUUUGUUGAAAACCGUAUAGCCCAUUUUGUUGGAUCAGUAAAGUAAAUGCCUCAUUUAUUGCCUUCGUAAGUCUUCAUAGUGAGGCAUUCAAUGCUUUUAUUGGUUUUUUAGCCAGCCUUAGUGAACAGACUAUUGUUGUGUAUUAUUUACUUACUGAAAUGAAUAUAGAUUAUACAGUAUCUUGGUGGGAUUGGUGGAUACAGAAAGAGAAAUGGGGCUCUGAUGAUAAAGAGCUGCAAAGAAAGAAGUACGAAAUGCACAACACUCAAUAAUUUACAGUAGUGCCUUUAAUAUGAAGCUGACAAGAAUAAGGGCUUGGUGAGGCAUUGUUUUAUUAACUUGUUUCAUUAGAAGUGAUGCUUGGGGUGGCAUAUACUUAAACCCUACAUACAUACUUUUCUCAAAGAGGAAAGUCUGAUCUCUGAAUGACACUCAUCUCUGGACCCUGUUAAUUGAUCCCUGGAAUUGACAAGUUUUUGCAUCUCUGAUGGAAUAAAAGAAAGCCCAGAUAUAAGGAGGAUUGUAUUAGGGCUGUUUCACAUGUAAAAAAUAAUAGUGGGUUGUAUCCAAACCAACAGUGCAGUCCUAUACAUGUCUACUUAGAAGUAAUCCCGAUUGAGUGUAACGGAACUUACUCCUAGGUCAGUGUUUAUAGGAUUGCAGCCUAUGCCUGCAACCUAACUACAAUGACCUGGGAGUAAGUCCCCCCUUGGGAGGAGUCAUAGUUCAUGUUAGAUUAUCUGCUUUGCUGCCUGAAGGUCCCGUGUUAAAUCCUCAGUAUCUCCAGGUACGACUGGUAGAGAUCUCUCUCUGAAACCUGGGAGAGCCGCUGGCAGUUAUAUCAAACUAGACUCUAUAUAAGACACCUUCUUAUAACACUGAUUACUUCUGAGUAGACACAGCUAGUUCAUUGUGCAAUAAGUUAGUUAUCUAUUCCCAUUGAUUGCAGUGGGAAUUAACUUGCCCCAUUGAUUUCAACUAAUUUAAGCCCAGUUUGCCAUGGUUGGGCUUAGCGUUAUGUGCAAAACAUGAAUGAGUAACCAUGCAAGUGCAUGGAGCAAAAAUCAUGGCCACUUUGAUUCCCCCCACCCCUGUCCUGCUGCCCUCACAUUUCCCAGAGCUCAGCUUUUGUGUCCGAACCAACUAGUGGUUUGUCUCCCCCAGACCAACCACGAGUGGUAAGGCAAGAACAAACCAUGGCUAUUGAGCGUACACUCAGAGGCAGCCUUAGUGUUACUACUGUUGGUUUCUUUUGCAUUGUACACAUGUGCAGCAGGCCAAAGAGGACCACUUUUCCUUUCUGCACAUUCCAACAGUAUUGUAAGGAUUUUUCAAAAGAGAAAUGCAGACUGGCUUUGAGUAGCCAAAGCUAAUCUGAGGGGAUGGUUGAGUUCGGUACUGGCUAUUGUUGAUCACAGGAGUUGGGAACCUGUGGCUUUCCAAAUGUUAUUGGACUUCAGCUCUCAUCAGCCCCAGCCAGCAACACAUAUUUCCAAACCCUAGAUUAUUUUAAUUUAAUCUGCUAUUUUCUACGUUUAAAUACAAUAUUACCCUAUUUUAAUGCAAUAUUACCCUACUGAAUCCUUUAGGAUUGAGCAGUUUUUAAUUCUAAAAAAAUCUAAAAUAAACAAAUGAAUCAUCUGUGCCUGACAUGUUUCUGUUGUGCAUUUUUUCAUAAUAGCUAGCACUUGAUAUGUGGAGGAGGUUAAUGAUCGAGCCUUUACAGGCUGUCCUCAUUCGAAUGCUCCUCCGUGAAAUCAAAAAGUGAGUUAAUCCUUUUGUUGUUGUUGUUACUGCAAGUUGCCUGCUUUAUAUAUGCUUACUUACUGUACUUACCCGAGAUUUGUAAUUUCUUGAUUUAAGAACGUCACUAUUCACUUCUUACUGUUGUUUCUUUAGAUCGUAACUGGGUUUUUAUAUGUUGGCAACAUAUUCAGGGAAAGCAGAAUCUUUUUUGAGAUGUGAAAUUGGCUCUAAAAGCAGGUAGUGUGUCCUAGUAAAUAGAGGAUGUUAUUGGAGCCCUAAAGCCAGUGUUCAUUUCUGCUACUUGCUGUGAAACCUUGAUCUUGAUCUAGUGAUUUUGCAGUCUGGCCUAGAACAUUUGAAUCUAUUGAAUUACCAUACAAAUGUUGUACUUUUAAGUUACUUCAAAGUAGGCGUUAUGGAGUAUUGUAUAAAUGUUUUUCUUAAAAAGAGGACUGACACUAGAUCUAGAAUUCUUUCUGAAAUUCUGAAUGUAUUACAGAACUGAGCAGCAGUACAAGCUUCAGCUACUUCUGUCAGUCAGCCUUGUUCCAGGGUAAGGCUCUGAUUGCCAGCAAUGUAAAAUAUUGCAUAUUCUAUAGCUUGUUAGCAAAUGCAUAGAAAAGCCAACCGAGUCUAACCAACCAACCUUCUAUAUUUCACCAUGCACUGAGGUUUCUUUGUGACCUCCUGUCCCAAAGCUCCUGUCAGGUGAAACAGAAUUUGCCUUAUGGCACCUUUACAGGAGUUGCGAAGAGCAGCCACAAUCCAAGGCAUAAUUAAGUGUGCUUCAGUCCUGCUGAUCUUGCAGGGCUUCCUUCCGCAUGCUUAACUGUGCCCUAGGUUAUAUUUGGUAUCAUUUGCAAAAAUAAAUGCACAGGGACGAAGUGCCCUAUAGCUCUAAGCAACAGUUUGGGGCAGAUAACAGUAAAAUCAAGCUUGAAUGUGCUCUUUAAAGCUCACAUAUGGAAGUAGCUUCUCUGAGCAUACGAACAGAGGAUUCCCAUCUUCCUGGAUGGCUGUUUCAUAGAAACCAGUUCUUUUUGACAAUUAAAAAAAUAAUUAAACUCCAGGGCCAAGUCAUGACUCUUCCGUUACUUUUAAGAAGUGCAGGAGAGGAAAUAAAAAUAUAUACUCCCAAUAGGAGUUUGCUCCUUGGGGCUGCUGUGAAACCUGCAGUGACCCAGUGCUCAGCAACUGAGGCAGAAUUGUAAAGUUAGCAGUCCUGUGGCCACGAUCCUGAGUACCACCAGAUUUGUUCUGUGUGUACUGGCAUUUGCAUGAUCACUGUCUUCCACUAGGACAUAUCUUGCCCUUUUUAUCCUGAAUUUUAACUUCCUUUUCUUUUCAUGUAAAGCUGUUCUUGAUUGCUUCUUACUGUCCUGAUCUAAGAUCUAUAGAAGCUGCUAUAGUUUGUACGGAGGACUCUUCAGGUUGGCCUCUGCCUGCCCCUAAUGUUUUUUCUCCUACCUAGCCUCUUGAAUAUUGUGCGGGUUAUCAGUUUCUGUUUUGCAGAUGUACGUGUUGGUGUUUUAGUGGCCAGAAGGUUUUGUGUGUUUCAGUUUGCAACUGUUGAAGGCAGAGAUGUAGAAACGAUAUCAUGUUUAAAAGAAUGCAAUAGAACUUUUGCAUAUUGGGCAGCUGGCACAUGUACUGUAGUAGUUUCAUGAGUUCACGUGCCCCCUUCAUAUACAGACAAGUGUCAUAUCUGAUGAAGAAAAGGUUCUGAUGUUUACUUCCAUAGGCAUGCUAGGCAGUUUGUGGUCAUCUUAACUGACAUGGUGAAAGGGGUGGGGAGAAAUCUCUGCAUAAGAACACCUGAUACUUCUUUUAGUUAAGCUCAGCCACAGACAUUUCUUCAGAUGUUAAUGCUUCAAUCCUAACCACACAUAACUGGAAGUAAACCCCACUGAAAUCAACAGGGCUUGUUUCUGAGUAAGCAUGGCUAUGAUUGUGCUGUAAGAAGUUUAUAUGUGGUAACCUUCACAUUCACAAUUAGUUCCGGACUUCCAGAUAUGAGUAACUCCAUAGAACCGAGAGCUGACAGCCCAGAGGCUGGUUCAGUUUGAAUUAGGGUUUCCCGUAGAACUGUCUGUGGAUAGUUUUUUUUCCUUACAUUUUUUAUUAUUCUUGAUUUUGUUAUUAUAUUGUUCUUCAGCACACACAAAAGCCUCCCAGAAUGGCUUACAAUUAUCAGUGAGAUGACAGUUCCUCAGAAAUACAAUCUAAGAGGCAUGACACAAAAAGAAAAGGGGAGUGGGAAUGACUUGGAUAUCCUGGGCCAAUUCCUUGCGCCAGAGCUUCAUGUGACAUAGGUUAUAUUUCAUAAAAUGUUAGAGUGGGGACAGACACAAAGGGUCAUCUAAUCCAAGCCCCUGCAGUGCUGGAAUUUGGUCCUAGGUAGUCACCAGUUGGGACGCAGGUGGCGCUGUGAUCUAAACCACUGAGCCUAGAGCUUGCUGAUCGGAAGGUCGGUGGUUCGAAUCCCCGCGACUGGGUGAACUCCUGUUGUUCGGUCCCAGCUCCUGCCCACCUAGCAGUUUGAAAGCAAGUCAAAGUGCAAGUAGAUAAAUAGGUACCACUCCGGCGGGAAGGUAAACGGCGUUUCCGUACUCUGCUCUGGUUUCGCCAGAAGCAGGUUAGUCUUGCUGGCCACAUGACCCAGAAGCUGUCUGCGGACAAACGCCGGCUCCCUCGGCCUAUAGAGCGAGAUGAGCAUGCAACCCCUGGACCUAACGGUCAGGGGUACCUUUACCUUUAGUCACCAAUUAGAAUUGUGUUCUAUGGAACUUAACAUUUCCUUGUGACAGUGAGCCAGACAUUGUCAUGCAGGUUUGCGGCUUGAAAUCAGUGCAUCUUACCAAGAGAAGAGGCAACCAGUCACGAGGAAGCAUUCCAUUUGCCUCUUGUUAAGCUUAGUUGUUCUGUGGCUCUUUCUGUGACAGUCUCAUGCUUGCGUGUACUGUAGUCAGGGAAAGAUUAGCACAGGCAUAAGUGAAAGACCAAGGAACAAAUCUGGAGAACAAAAGUUAUACCUAACUGAUUAUCUUCUUAGGUUAUGAUUCAGUUGGCCUCAAGUUCACUCCUGGACGGGGAGGAAGAGGCAUGCUGGCAAGAGUUGUCCCAUUUAGCACGACACCUUGCAGGGUUCUAAAUUGUGCGAGGAAUUCUUGGAGGGCUCCAGGAGGGGUUGCAAAGACAUGCAGCGGGAUGUGCAGAAAGGCGUAGAGCUUGCUACCGCACCCCUGCUAUCUGUUGCAUGAUGAUAAUGAGCACGUUAGAAUACAGCUUGUGUCAAAGUGUAGCUGCAAUGGUUUAUACAUUUGCCUGCCUCAAAUGAAGCUCUUUUUCUGUUUUGAAACUACCAUAGGGAAGCCUAAAGCAAGUCCCUCUCAGAUUUUAAGACACUUUUGGAUUUGCCAUUUGCUUGGGUUUAAUUUUUGUCCUUUAGAAGCCCACCUUCUGCUUUUUUGCUGCCUGUUCAAGGAAGGUGGGAGGAAACUGAAGGUCUGCUACUUGUUGCUUCCAAGCCAUUAGGUCAAUUUUUUGUCUGUUUAUUUUCGCUCUGUUCAGUCUCGAGGGUACCAGUUUUGGUGGCAACACUGCUUUCAAGUUUUAAUCUGCUUGGCAUAAAUAAGAAUGUAAGGUCAGUGUAAGGUGUCAGCUAUUAAACAUCGAAGCCAUCCUUCCCCCCUUUUCCUGUUCUUAAUAUGUGGUGGAAUGAAAACACAUUUCUCUUGACUCUCUUCCUGCUGUUGUGCACUUUUGCCUGCAUCAUAUAAUGGUGUCAGAACUCCUUAUCCUUAGCCUGCAAUGUGGGAUGUAGUUGGAAUAUUGUACAGUAUACCUUGAACUUUCUCCUCUUUCUUGGUCUACCUUGCUCUCCUCCACUCUUCUCUCUCUCAUGCUUUUGCCUCACCUUGAAAACAUUUUAAAAGGAAAAAGUGGACUGUGGCUUGUUCAACCCACCAUAGGUGAGCAAGCCAGCCUGGCUACAGGUCACCCUCACCUGUUUAUCAGGUGUGAAUGCUCAUUGCCCUCUGGCGAGAAGGACUCUCAGAAGCCUCAGUUGCAUUGUAGUUUGGAUAAUAAAAGAAACAUUUCUCCUAAUGUUUUUUUCUCCCCUUACCCAAAUCUUGUGUGCAAGUGAGGCAAGACUCUGCCUGCUUCCGCUAGCAAGAAAGCCAUGCUUUCUGGAAAGCUUGAAUAAUUGAUAGUAAGGAGAAAUUGAGGCUUCCCUUCUGUUCUCAGUAAGAAAUAGCCCAGCUUCUGCCUCCCUGAGCUCUGGCCAAGAAAUCCAAAGGUGAUCGAGAAGCACUUUAUAAAUUUUAAAAAUUAAAAUGAGGUGCCAAGUUCCAUUUCAAAUGAAAUAUGCUUGGGUAGUAUUACAGAAAUAGUAUUUUAAGAUAUUAUUACAUAUUUUUUGAUGGUAUUAAACAAGCAUACAGUUUUUAAAUAAUUUUAAGGUAGACGCACUAACAAAGAUUACCUGUAUUUUGGUUUUGGCUGUUUUGCGUUGAGAGGUCUUAGUGCUUCAGAAGGGGUGGGAAUGGGGAAAGAGAUCCAAAGACUUUGCCUGAGGACUGGGAGAGUACAAGCCUGCACUUUGAAAUAGGUGUCAGUUUGCAUUUCGCUUUUUCCACUAAUGAAGUGUAGUCAAUGCGGUUCCCUCCAGAUGCUGCAGUCCAGCCACUCCCAUCGGCCCCAGCCAGGGAGCUUUGAGGUUGUAGCCCCAUAACAUGUGCAGAGCCCCACACUGGCUACCCCUGCAUUACAUAUGCACUCCCCAAAGGGUUUGUGAAUUGAACAGCGCAGACAGCAGACUGCUUGGUCCUUGAAAAGGCUACCAACAGCCAGGCCUAUUUGUCUUUCUGGUUUUGAAGUCUGGACCAUGUGUAAAAUUGCAUGCAUUAUGAGAGCUUCUUUUUUCCACCUUUCAGUGAUCGCUGUGGAGAAGAUCCAAAUCAAAAAGUAAUCCAUGGGGUUAUUAACUCCUUUGUUCAUGUUGAACAGUAUAAGAAGAAAUUCCCUCUGAAGGUAAAAGAUCCUUUCUUUCUUUUUUCUUUCAUUGUCUUGGCUUAUUGUGGCAAUUGUUCCAUCCCUUGCCUUAUUUGUACUUGAUCACCCUCUCUCAUUUUAGUUUUAUCAGGAAAUUUUUGAGUGUCCUUUUCUGAAUGAAACAGGGGAGUAUUAUAAACAAGAAGCUUCAAAUUUAAUGCAAGAGUCAAACUGCUCACAGUAUAUGGAAAAGGUAAGGCACUCAUAUUUAUGUGCAGCAUAGAUGCCAAUUAUUCAGUGUUCCUCGAGAGAAAAUAUACACCAGCUCAUUGGUUUCUGUACAUCAUAGGCAGGGCCAUCUCGGGGAGUAUGGGGCGACUGCCCUGGGCCCUGCACUUUAGGGGUUCUGCACCUCAUGCCAGUGACCAUCGUUCACUGCCAACGCUUUUGCCUCUUUCUCACCUGUGGGAGGCUUUGUACCAUCUCCCUUCCUUGAAAAAGGCAGGCAGGGAGGAGGUGGGUCCCCCUUGUAUAUACUGGCACUGCCAGGAAAAGGAAAAAUAUAAGCCAGGGUAGAGGUUGCCACCAUUAAAAGGCAGCAAAACAACCAAAAUUAAGGCAAGUGGGAGGGGCUAGCAUACUCCGCAAGUUAUGUUCAUAGGAUCACUUUGAAAGCACUUUGCAUUCUGUAAACUUUAUCAUUUGGGGAUCAUUUGACCCCUGGAUUGUCAGCUUCCAUGGCAUAUGAGAAAUGUGGGUGAGCAACCUGUGCGGCAGUGGAACUUGACCAUUUUCAGGGAUGAGGCUCAGCUUUCUUGCCCCCUAGCAAGGUGGAGUGCUACCCUUGGGUUCUGGAGUUGUGGACCUUGGCACGAUUUAUUAAGGCACUUAACAUGCUCCUCAUAUCCAGCCACCUGCCACCAGGCAGUGGAGAAACCCAAAAUAGGGCUUCUAAAGUUGAUCUGAGUGCUAAAAGUUUUUUGGUAGGGUGAAGAGGAUAUCCAUUUGCAAUGGAGAUAUCUAGCAACUGAUUGCUUUUUUAUUUUUCUAAGUAGGUUCCAUUCUUCAAAUGCAGCUGACUUCUAAUGCUGAUUUAUAAGAGAGAUAUUCAGAAGGCCUAUUUCCAUUCAGAGAUCUCAUGCUGUCCAUAUGGACAAUCAUGCAUAGCUGAUGAUAGUUGAGAGAACUUAAGAAGAUUGCAAUAAAUUUGAUUAGCAUCCUAAAGAGUCAGGAUAAGGUCCACUGUUCUUUCUGUUUCAAGAAUAUGAGCAAUUGUGACAGGAGUUUGCAGUGUAUUGGGGCAUCCAUUCUGCCUAAAUACCGUAUUUUUUGCACCAUAACACUCACUUUGUUCCUCCUAGAAAGUAAGGGGAAAUGUCUGUGCGUGUUAUAGAUGAAAUGCCUACGGGUGGCAUGCCUACGGAUUUUCCUCCUCUAAAAACUAUGUGCGUGUUAUGGUCGGGCGCGUGUUAUAGAGCGAAAAAUACGAUAGUUCCCUUGGUCAUAAUUUGUUUCUGUUACUUUAAACUUGAAUGUUUGUUCUGCCCCUAAUUAACCAUGCAGUGCUUCGUUUUGUUCUCCCAUCUCAAAAAAUUCUUUUAGGUUUUAUGUAGAUUAAAAGAUGAAGAAAUGAGGUGUCGAAAAUAUCUACACCCCAGUUCCUAUGGCAAAGUAAUUAAUGAAUGCCAACAGCGAAUGGUAGCAGAUCACUUACAGUUCCUUCACGCAGAAUGCCAUAACAUUAUCCGACAAGAGAAGAGAAACGGUAAAGACAUACAGGGUGAUUAAGUUUGAAUUCAAAAUAUAAUAUACCUUUUUAAUAUUUUUAAUUGAAUUUAUAGUCACCUAUGUUGUUUUCUAGUAUAAAUAAGCAUAGUGAUCCAGGAAGGGACACUCUCGAGUGUCUUGAUCGGGGGGAACCCUUUUGGCUCCACAGAGUAGAUCCUUGUCAGGAUCAGCCUCAUGGGUCAGAAUUGACAAGUGGGCAGCCUACCUACAUGCUUAUCACGUGAUGUCAUUAUGAUGUGACAUGAUUAACAAAAAGGUUUUCCUGCACACCAGAAUCUCUUGCGGGGCUUCCAAGCACCCAUUGCCACUAAGGGAAACCUGAGAAAGAAGGCUGCAAUGCUAUCAAUGUUUCCCACUUCUGAGAGAAGGGAAAACUAUGGACCUACACUUCGUCCAAGGGCUUUGGUGGUGUUGUGCAGGAAGCAUCUCCUCAGUGCUGCUCAGUCAAUACCUGUGUGGGGAGCAAACCUUCAUUUGUCCAUGCCUAUAGGUCCUUCAUGCACCCAUUGCAGCAUCUCUUCCUUUAGAGCUAGGAACCACCAGUAUGGUGCCUUUGAACAAAACUCCAUCCAGCACAUACAAGUCCCCUGCAAAAUAGUUCUCAGGACUAUUUUGUGUUUUCCACAUCCAUUGGAAUUGAUUACUUGUAUUAUUUGUUUCAAAAUAAUAUCCUGAGCUUGUGGCCCUUGCAGUUAUGGACCACAUCUGGUUAGAGACCAGAAUUUCUUGUACUACUCCAGAAUCUGAAUUUGCCUCAGUCUUAGUCCCAUCAUAAGCUCUGGGCAAAGUGUCUUCAGUUACUAAGCAUUUACCAGAGCUAUAUUCCGGUUGCAAAUCAUCUGAUUGUAAUUCAGAAAACAGUCUGUCUAACCUGGAAGAUGUAUCUGCUAAACUCCAUUUUGCAGCUCUACCAAUUUCUUGUGGUCUGCUUCUGCCAAUAUUGGUUGUUCAUAUAUUAAAAUAUGAAAUUAUUUUGAAGUUUGCUAUGCCCAUAAAUUUUUGCUAGUCCUCUUUAGCUGCUGGUGGUAGCGUGUUAGUGAUUGCUUGGAUUCUUUUGGGAUCAGUGUUACUUUUCUCCUAGGUGGGUUAUUUCCUUAACUCUAAAUCUUCAUUUUUGUCUAUUUCAAGCCAGCUUUACAAGCUCUUUCCAGAGCCUUCUGUAGUCUCUGGUUAUGUUCAUCUAAUGUUCUCCUCCAUAUCAGAACAGCAUUGAUAUAAACUUUAGUACCUUCAGGCCCUUCAAAGAUUUGUUGUAUCUUUCUAUGAAAGAGUUCAGAGGUGGAACAAAUUCCAAAAGGCAAUCUAGUAAAGCAAUGCCUACAAAAAGGAAUAUUGAAAACAUACAGUCAUUUACUAUUUUGUUCUAGGGGCACCUUCCCGAAUCCAGAAGAUUCAUUCAAAUAUGAAAUAAAUGUUGCACUUGCCAUUUAACCAAAGACUUCCUCUCUAGUAGGAAUUGGAAAAUGUUCUCUCAACUUAUUUGUUCAGUUCUUUAGGAUCCAGACACAGCCGUAGGGAUCCAUCUUUUUUUGUAACUAUGACUAGAGAGUGAACCCAUUCUUUGGGUUCUUCAACUUCCUCUAUAAUGUCAAGUUUAAUUAGUCUAUCUAGUUCCUCUUUUAUCUCUAAGAGCCAGCCGGACAUUCCUGGAUGCAUGUAUAACUUGAAAAUAGGGUUCAAACCGUUUCUUUUAUAAUCUGCUGAGAGCUUACCAGUGCCAAUAAAGACACAUGAUCUUCAGUGUUCAUGUGACCCUGUCAUUCUGCACUGUACAACUUCUUAAUAAAAUCUAGAAUCUGACAUGUUUUUCAGUCCCAAUAUAGGUAUCCCAUUUCCAGCAACAACAACUACAGAUGAUAACUUUACCAUUUUGUUGCUUACUUGAACAUCAGUUUUCCAAAUUCCCCUAGUUCAAAUAAGCUUUCCACUUUUAAGUUUUAAGUUGGAGCUGUUUGCAUGCUGUAUGGCUUGGCUUUCUCUCCCAAGUCUUUCACAGCAGCCUCAGAUACAGAUACAUUUAUUUGAGCUCCAGUAUCCAAUUUGUAAGUAACAAAAGUCCCAUUUGUAUUCAGAGUCCAGUCCAGUAACUGAAUCCUGAUGCCUCUGGAAGACUUCCCAAAUAAAAGUUUUCUCCUGUGCUGGUGCUGUAAUCCUCUUUGUUUCGAUCUGAGCCCAGUCUGUGCUUGCCUUCAAACCUUUGCAAAGUGAAUUUGUUCUUUGCAAAAGUUGCAGGUCUUUCCAAAUGCAGGACAUUGGCUGGGUCUAUGUCUGCUCCUACAGUGUGAACACUCAGUUAUGCAGGAAUUGCCAGAAAGAGGCGCCAUCCAACCACCUUAGGGACUGCACUCUGGGUUUGUGUUGGGUUUACUCCUUGGCCUUUUCCUCUCCUGAUGAUGUCCCACAAGGCAGUGGGAUGCGGAUUAUUUCUCAGGAUUUACUCCCAAAGUAUAGCCACAAGGCAGCCAAGGUUUAAGAUUAGAGUUUUCUUUCUCCUAGAUGGGCUACCUUUCCAGGUUGAUGAGCCCCAUCUGUCCCUCACUUCCCUCUACAGCACUUGCAGAAACCACAUUCUUUACCUUUGGACCCGCUAUUGGUCUUGUCUAUUCUGUGUGGCAGAUUGACUGGACAAGUCCCUAAUUUACCAAGGGUUUAAGACCCAUUGGCUACCCUUACUUAGUUUAGCUGGCCAGCCGUAGCCAUUCCUGGGAUGUGGAUACAGUUGCAUGCCAACAGUUUUAGGAACCACAGGUAAGAGCUGAGUCCAGGGUGGGGACCAAAGGUGGACAAACUACCCCAGAAACAGCACAACGGAUCUCCCAGCAGACGUACUCUCCCAACACCCCAUAUAUCCCUACAAAAUUACAUGUCUUGCUUUACAGUCUAAGAUGUGCAAUAAAGGAUUCAAAUGUUUCCCCAGCCUUUUGUACUCUCCUAUGAAACUGGUAGAGACGUAGGUGGCGCUGCGGGUUAAACCACAGAGCCAUGGGCUUGCUGAUCAGAAGGUUGGCAGUUCGAAUCCCCGCGAUGGGUUGAGCUCCCGUUGCUCAGUCCCUGCUCCUGCCAACCUAGCAGUUCGAAAGCACCUCAAAGUGCAAGUAGAUAAAUAGGUACCGCUCCGGCGGGAAGGUAAACGGUGUUUCCGUGCCCUGCUCUGGUUCUCCAGAAGCGGCUUAGUCAUGCUGGCCACAUGACCUGGAAGCUGUACGCCGGCUCCCUCGGCCAAUAAAGCGAGAUGAGCGCCGCAACCCCAGAGUCGGUCACGACUGGACCUAAUGGUCAGGGGUCCCUUUACCUUUAUGAAACUGGUAUCUCUCGAAGUUUUCAUUUGUCUGCAACGUGGUCUCAUAAUUAGUUAGUUCUUCACUCAGUUGCUAAUUGAGUCAAUAAAGCUAACGCCUCUCACCUAUCAAUAUUUAGAAAACUAGCUGCCUUCUGCUCUCUAUCUUUCUCUGUAGCCCCACUUGCUUUCAUAAAGAGGUCAAAAUCUUGCCUGAAUCUUUUCCAGCACUCUGCUGCAUUCCUGGAGCAAGCAAGAGGUUCUGGAGUUACUAGAUGCUCCAUCUUUUUUUCUUAUUUAAAAAAAAUCUCCCUCCCUCCCUGGUCUUUUGUAUCUUUUCCACCUUCUUUGUUACUCUGUGCAGUCAGUCCGGCCUGCGCCCAACCACUUCUGGUGCCAUGUGUUGUUCUUUGAUUAAUAACUUUCAGAAUCCAGGAUGUCCAUAAACAUAAUAUAAACUUUAUUAACUUGCAAAAUGAGGAGUCUCUGUUAAAGGAAGCCAUAGCUUCUCUAUUGCUGCAUCAUUCUAUCCAGAGGCUCCUUCCAGUCUCACCUGACUUGCUUAAGCACAACCACUUAAAGAGAUAGUGUCCUCACAAUAAGCUUCCUUGUCGCAAGUAAUCUCAAUAACACAGGGUUGUAACCUACUGAGGUCUUCUGUAGCACUGGAAGGAAUCCACAUAUACUUGAUGAUUCAGUAUCACAGCUCAGCAAUCUGUUCCAGGGCAAUUUUGUCAUUUUGUCUAUAGCAUCGUCUCACACAUCGUAACAAAGUUUCAUAGUAUUUUCUAGCAGAAACAUUGGUAACAAUAUAUUCACACAUUACUUUAAAGCAAUUCUGUAAGCAAGUGCUCUUUCUGAUACAUAACAUCCAUACAGAAUACAAUUUCUGAAUACAUCAAAGGUUUAGAAAUACACCUUGAAGCUAGAAGAAUGUUGUGCUGUUAUUGCCCAUGUUGGGAAGCAGAGGUGGUGAGCCUGUGACUCUCUUGAUGUUGAUAGACUACAAUUCCAUCAUCCCUGAGCAUUGGCCAUGCAGGCUGGGCCUGAUGGGAGUUGGAGUCCAACGAUGUCUGGAGGACCACAGGUUCUUCACUGGUGCUGUUUUGAGUGACUUACGAUAGCUUAACCAGUGCUUGCUCAGGUGGUGGUGGUCUAGGAUAUGUAAAGUAAUGAGAAUUGGGGGGGGGGGGUGUUCCUAAUUUUUGUAAACUGCUCUGAGAGCCUUUCUGCUUUAAUUUCAGUUAAUUUUCAUAUUAAUUAAGCAGGCAUGUCCACCUCCCAAGAGACUGCAAUCUACUCCCAGUAUAAAAAAAGCUGGCAGUGAUUUGACCAAAGUUGAGUUUUUUUUGGGGGGGGGGAAUCAAUCAGGAUAACGGGAUCGACCAUGGAUGUCCCAUAAUCGAUCGGUCGAUCACGAUCGACCCAUUGGACACCCCUGAAUUACAGCAUAGUCUUGACCACAGCCUCUCCUUUCCCUGUUGCAGUUUUGCCAAAUUUGCAUGUAUGUGGUGCCUUCACUUUUUAGUAUCAUUAUGCUGUUUAAACAUUGAUGUGGUUAUAGUGAUUUUUUUUUUUAGUACAUCUGAAAACCUGGACCUUCCUUUUUUGCAGACAUGGCAAAUAUGUACACGUUGCUUCAUGCUGUGCCAAGUGGAUUACCUCAUAUGAUUCAGGAACUACAAAAUCAUAUCCAUGAUGAGGGCCUUAGAGCAACCAGCAAUCUCUCUCAGGAAAACGUAAGUUUUGUCUUCAAUGGGAAUAGCGUGGAAUUUCUGAUCAAUCUAAGCAUAAAGAUGAUGUUGUGGGGGUGCUUCUAUAAGGUUGUCGCCAUUUAGUCUAUACUAAAUCUGUGUGCUUUCUUUGCUGCCAUUUUUGUUUUUUCACAAGAGCUAGUGGUUUAGCAUACAGUGGGAUAGAAACUAUUAUUAUAGCCAUGGCAUUCCUUUAUUACUGAACAUGUCAUCAGUGUAAGAAAGUCUACUGUGUUUCUGACCCUGCCAAAAAUGAUUACAUGGUAGUAGCGCUCCUCACUACUCUUUCUAACACAGUGUGAAAUCUGACAUUUGUUAAUAUGCUCAUGUGUCCUUUAGUAUUCAUGCACCCAGGGAACCAAUAGAAUGGAACUAGCUUAAAGUAAAUGCAUUUAUAGCUGCAGUUUGCUGCCAAUCUUUCAAUAAGAGAGGUGCAAUCACUACAUUUCUAUAUGAGACAUGUAACUGUACUUAUUGCUAGCAUAAACUAAUGCAACGUGAAUUCUGUGAUGCACAGUUGUGUAAAUUGAGCACAGCAAAUAUUCCCUGGAGGUUGUAUUAUUCUGUUACAUUUUCACACCCUAGUACCUGGGAAUAAGCCACAUCAAAUCCAGUAGGACUUACUUCUGAGUAGACAUUAUAGGUCCUGUGCUGCACUUCACAUUUUCUCUCUGGCAUAAUUCCCAACACCUUUUGGCCAAGCAAAGUGCCUGUUUGUAAUAUUACUCUGUUGCAUUUGGAAAAAAAUACAUACCUGUGAUUCUAUCCUCAGAUGCCCACUCAGUUUGUGGAGUCAGUGUUGGAAGUACACAGUAAAUUUGUUCAGCUCAUCAGCAGCGUUUUGAACGGUGACCAGCGAUUUAUGAGUGCCCUUGACAAGGUAAGCCUAGUGAAAAGGCUUCGUCUAUCAAAUAAUUGUAAUUGUAAGGAACAUAAUUUAUGAGGAAUCCUACCUGUUGCAUUGAAUAGUGAAAUUGAAUGUCAGUUGUGAAUAUGGCUUGAUGCAUCAUAAAUUGGUAUAAAUGAUUUCACCUGACAUAAAGUAAUUGGAACAGGAUGGCUAUCUAAUGUUUUCAAGUCAAUUUGGAAGCAAAAUCAAAUAAAUAAGCACAGGUUUCCUUAAACAUAUAAGUCUUUGGUACAUGGGUGUCAUUGUAUAAAACCAGAUAGUGGAAACCUUUGGUCCUCCAGAUGUUGUUGGACUACAAGUCCCAUCACCUCUGCCCACUGACCAUUAUUAAGGCUGAUGGCAGUUGUAGUUCAGUAAGAUCAGGAGGGCCAUAGGUUUCCCACACCUGUGCCAAACUAAUCUUCCACACUGUGUUAGAUGGAUAAAAGAGAGAACCAUUCACAUGUGCUUCAGGAUCUAAUGUCAACAAACCAUUCGUGGAUUGUGUUUACUGGGAAACUCACAAGCAUAAUCCAUGGUCCUGAAUUACACAUGCUCAUUGGCUUUUCGUAGUCAUCUACAGUGGUCUGUCCAUAGGUUUCUAUCCCAAUAAAUGAGCAGUUAUGGAAAAUGCGCACAAAUUUGGAAUUGGAGGCAUAGGUCAAUGUGGUCAGUACCAUUGUGGAUUUUUUAAUCAUUCAGUUAUGAGAAGUAUACUCCUUUUGGUGAUACAGUGUUUUAAAUACUUGCAAUCCUUGCUUGCAGGUACACUUACCGUAAUUUUCGCUCUAUAGGACGCACUUUUUCCCCUCCAAAAAUGAAGGGGAAAUGUGUGUGCGUCCUAUGGAGCGAAUGCAGGCUUUCGCUGAAGCCUGGAGAGCGAGAGGGGUCGGUGUGCACCGACCCCUCUCGCUCUCCAGGCUUCAGGAAGCUAUCCGCAAGCCUUUGGAGCGCGGCGGGAGUUCCUGCUGGGCUCCCUAGGCUUGCGGAUAGCAGCCUGCUUCCCGAAGACCGGGGAGCGCUUUGCAGCACACCCCGGGCUUCGGGCAGAUAUCCGCAAGCCAUGGGAGCCCGGCGGGGACACCCGCCGGGCUCCCAAGGCUUGCGGAUAGCAGCCUGCAUCCCGAAGCCCAGAGAGCGCAGAGCUGGGCUCUCCGGGCUUCGGGCAACUAUCCGCAAGCCUUCUGAGCGCGGGGGAGUUCCCGCCGGGCUCCGAAGGCUUGCGGAUAGCAGCCUGUUCUGGGGGCUGGGGUUGGGGGAAGCUCGGGCUUCCCCCGUCCCAGCCCCGCGCCUGGGGGGGGGGAAUAAUUUUUUUUCUUUAUUCCCCCCCCCAAAAAAAAAACUAGGUGUGCCCUAUGGGCCGGUGCACCCUAUAGAGCAAACAAUACGGUAAUUAUCAUACGAUGGUAUUGCAUUUUUAAAAAUCCUGCUUAUUAUCACAAAAUACCUGUAAGUUCAUUGCACGUUGGAAGGAGACUAACUCCUUUCUAACCUACUUGUAUUAGGUUUGUAUCCAGUACUAGUCCUACUUGGAGUAGACCUGUUGAAGUUAAUGGGCAUGGCUUAGUUUCAUUUACUUCAUUGGGUCUCUUCUGAACCUGUCUAGCACUGAAUAUAACCCACAAUUUCUAAAAUCUUGGAAAUCUAGUUUUUGGUGUUCCUAAAACACAUAUCCUUUGCAGACAUUGAAUGCAGUCCUUAAUAACAGACACCCAUAUUCAUGUCUCCCAGCAUGCUUUGCAUCUAGCAGCUAUACUGUUCCCCAGUAUUGUCCUGAGACUUUCUUAAAAGCAGUUACUUGAAUGUUUCAGUCUUGAGUUAGUGGGAAGGGCUUGACUUUUCACCUUUACGUUUUACACUAGGUUUACCCAGUGGCCAGAGCAGGGGGUUUUUUGUGUGUGUUGUUUUUGUGUGUAUACCUGAUAUACACUUUUGUACCUUACAGUACACUGCUAGGACCCAAUAAAUGUUUAGUAAUCAAAAACAGUUGUGAAGAGCUUGAUUUUGCCAGGAUCUAGUUGAAGAAGCAUGACAGAGCCUAUAUACAUUUGUUGGGGACCCACUUGGAAUGGCUCUGAUAUUAUGUAUGACCAUGUGAGUGGGGCUGAUACAUUUCUUGUGUUCCGAAAUAGGCCUUGACAUCCGUAGUGAACUAUAGGGAACCAAAGUCUAUCUGCAAAGCUCCUGAGCUGGUAAGUACCAGAUACUUGUUUAAAGUGUUUAGAUGUAAGCAUUAACUUUAUUAAGGUAACAUCCUGUGAUUUUUCAAAGGCUUUUCCAAACUAGUGCAUCUAAGUACUGAGAUGCCCUGUUGAGGCAAAAUGGUCCUUGCUUUGUCUUAACCAGGAGUAGGCAACCUAAGGCCCGUGGGCCGGAUGCGGCCCAAUCGCCUUCUAAAUCUGGCCCGCGGACGGUCUGGGAAUCAGUGUGUUUUUACAUGAGUAGAAUAUGUCCUUUUAUUUAAAAUGCAUCUCUGGGUUAUUUGUGGGGCAUAGGAAUUCGUUCAUUUCCCCCCAAAAAAUAUAGCCCGUCCCACCACAUGGUCUGAGGGACAGUGGGCCCACAGCUGAAAAAGUUUGCUGACUCCUGGUUUAGAGAAUGCAAAAUGCUUUCUUUCCAUGAUCUUAUGAACAUAACUAUGUCUGUUUGUCAAUUUAUAGUUUGUUUAUUUGAUUGCAUGUAUGUUUGUUGGUUGGUUGGUUGGUUGGUUGGUUGGUUUGCUUUCCUGGCAUAAAUGUAUCUAUUUUAAAACAAUAAAGAUAUACAUUUAAAAAAAAAAUGGUUGCUGACCCCUGUUCUUAACAUACAAGUAUGGUGGGACACCUGUGUGCCCUCCAAAUAUUGUAGGAUGCCAGCUCCCAUCAGCCCUAGACAGCAUGGCUGGUGGUAAACCAGUAUCAUCUAGAAGACUGCUGGUUGCCCAUCCUUGACUUACAAGCCUGUUUUUAACAAUAACUGAAAGUGUGUGUGAAGCUCUUUGGACACUUGAUCUGUGCAUUCUUAAAAGUACUCGCCGUGGCACGUCCCUUUUGCAAAAGAAGACACAACUAUGCUGCCUUAACUACGUUCUUAGUCCCCCCUUAAUACUAUUCUGCUUGACGAAUGUCCUUUUCUUCUUUCUUUACACUUGAGCUGGCCAAGUAUUGUGACAACUUGCUAAAAAAAUCCGCAAAAGGCAUGACAGAAAAUGAAGUAGAAGACAAACUUACUAGCUUCAUUACUGUUUUCAAAUACAUUGACGACAAAGAUGUUUUCCAAAAAGUAAGUAAUCGCUUUAAAAAAAUUAUUUAUAUUCUGGUUUUUUCCUCUCUCGGAGAGUGUCUUGAAAUCUGAACUCUUGCUCUUCUUCUAUACAGUUCUAUGCCAGAAUGUUGGCAAAACGACUUAUACAUGGUUUGUCUAUGUCCAUGGACUCUGAAGAAGCUAUGAUUAACAAAUUGAAGGUAAUUUCCAGCUUACUAGAACAGUAAAAUCAACAGUACAGUAGUAGCCGUUCUUGACACUUUUAAGCUGCUACUAAGCUGAUUCUGACGAAAUGUCCCUAAACAUGCUUAUUUUAGGAACCUGCUUUUAAUUGUGCUUAUAAAAUCAUACGAUUGCAAACCCACCCCCACCCCCCGAAAAGCUUCUGGUGGGAUUGUCCAGUCUGUACGUUUUAUCUGAGAAUUAGCUAGCCGAUGCUUGUCAUUUUAAAAACCAACCAGCAGAUGGUGCCCAAAAGCUGCAAGCUGACAAAUUGCAUUCCUUGCCAUUCUCAGUACAGCUGAGAUGUCCAGAUGUUAUUGGAGCCUCAACUCCUGCCAACCCCAGCCUGCCUGGCCAAUGGCUAUGGGUGAUGGGAGUUGUUGUUGUAGUACAACAACAUGUGGUCACAGCUUCCCCACCCGUUGUGGAGCUUUUGCUGCCUGAAAUAUGCAUCUUAAUUUUGUCUGCUACCACAGUCUGGUUCUGCAGAGCUCAUCAGCUGGUAUCUUGGGAACAGCCAAAACUAGUCCUGGCACUGCUGCGAUCAGUGUGUAUAUGGCUGUUGGUUCUGUUUGUUGAGCCUCAUGGCACCACUUAGGUUGAGCACCUCCUUGCCCUCAUGCCUAAAGCCCUUUUAGGUGGUUUUCUGGAUUACAGUCGAGGGUGUGAGCAUAUCUGCUAUAUUAUCAGGUAGCUUUUAAAAGAGAAAUACAGUUUCAACCCCAGUGUCACCGCACUUCCAACCCCAAGUGCUGUAGUGGUUUUACAGCUUGUCCUCAAAAGUAAAGAUGGUGUGCCUGUUCAGUAUUUAUGCUGUAGCUCUUUAAAACACAAGCUGGCUACUCACUUGCUGACUGCCUAUGUGUGCCUUAACUACAAAUCUUGUAUGUGCAUUUUUUGUUUUCCAGCAAGCCUGUGGUUAUGAGUUUACUAGCAAGCUUCAUCGAAUGUAUACAGACAUGAGUGUCAGUGCAGAUCUUAACAACAAAUUCAACAACUUCAUAAAAAAUCAGGACACCGUCGUAGAUUUGGGAAUUAGUUUUCAGAUAUAUGUUCUUCAGGUAUUUGAGGCGUGUGCUUGUGUGUGUGUGUGUGUGUGUGUGUGUGUGUGUUGCUUCAUUUCAAAUAGCCUUCUUCAUGCAUUCAGGGUGAACACAUGUGGCCUUAAAGUGGAGAUGGGUCAUGGGAGUGAGCAUGCAGGCCUUGCUGCUAAUAUUGUUGUGCAUGUCUGUUCCAAUUCAGAAAUAAGAAUAAUUAUUAUUAUUAUUUAUACCCUGCCCAUCUAACUGGGUUUCCCCAACCACUCUGGGUGGCUGCCAACCGAAUAUUAAAAACACAAUACAGUACAGCAUUAUACAUUAAAAACUUCUCUAAACAGGGCUGCCUUCAGAUGUCUUUUCAAAGUAAAAUAGUUGCUUAUUGCCUUGACAUCUGCUGGGAGGGCGUUCCCACAUUCAGUGCAUUGGGACUGGGGUUUGCAUGUGCAUAGUCUCUCGCUCCCCACUUUAAGCCCAUUUGUGUUCACUCUGAAUGUCUGAGUACAGUUAGUGUGGCCAAGCUAUAUGUGUGAUAGGGAGCACCACUUAUGAAGGAGCAACUGGGAGUGUGUUCAAAACUCCCAGGUGUCCCUGUAUAAUUGUGUCCAGAAAUUCAGAUAUGGGGUAGAUGGGUGUGGUUUGUGGGGAACGUCCUUGCAGGCCAAAUUGGGACCCAUGUUAGCAGGCCUGCUUUAAACCAAGGCUCGAAGCAUUUCACUCAACUCCGGGGACAAGGUGGCAAGAGCAGAAAAGCAGAGUGAUCACAACCAGGUAUAGCUUGGAUGGAUGCAGUAUGGGAGGAUAAACAGUAUGUGCCCGAACAGUCAAUCUCUAGUCAACCCAGCCUUCCUUCCUUGGUUGCUAGUAGGGAAAGCAGCCAUAGUUUUCAGCCUGUAGCAAUCAAGACUGAAACCCUUAUCAGCUGGCUUUGACAGAUGGGAGAGUCCUGGCUUUCUCUGCUUUGGAGCCAAGUCUUCCUAUGUGGGGAGCUUUUGUUUUGUGUUCUGAAACUUUUUUAUGGUAUUCCAUGGGUUUCCAUUUGCACCCCAUAAUUUCAAAGAAGGUUGCUGUGUUUCAGCUUGGCUGUCAUGGCGUGUGGGGGUGGGGGUGGGCAUACGAGAGAGAGAAUGACAGCUGGUUUAUAUGCCUUUUCUAGAAAAGUUUUAGUAUAACAAUGUAUGUAAUGUGUUUAUUUUUCAGGCUGGUGCGUGGCCUUUGACUCAGGCGCCUUCAUCUACAUUUGCAAUUCCUCAGGAACUGGAAAAAAGUGUACAGAUGGUAGGUUAGUAGGAGAUUUCUUGCAGAUUUAAUAACUAACAGUCUUACGUUGAGAAUUGAAAUUCUUCAACCAGCCCUCCCUGACCUAUGCCUUCCAGAUGUUGUUGGACACCAACUCCUAUCAACCGUAGGCAGCAUGGCCAUUGGUCAAUGAUGAUGGGAGCUAUAGUUCAAACAUAUGUGGAGGGCCCCAGCUUGUAGAAGAAAAGCCGCCUUUAACUGAUCAGUGUUAGUGUAGAAAUAAUUCACAAUCCAUAUAAAUACAGUGGUACCUCCGGUUACAAACAAUCCGUUCUGGAGGUCCGUUUGUAACCCGAAACUGCUUGUAACAUGAGGCACGUUUUCGCUAAUGGUACCUCCCGCUCCUGCUGUGCUGCCAGGGCGCGACUUCCACUCGCAUCCCGGGGCAAAGUUUGCAACAAGGGGCAUCUACUUCCAGGUUAGCGGAACUUGUAACCCGCAGCAUUCGCAAGGAGGACGGUUCCACUGUAACCUAAAUGCUUGUUCAGUUUGGAUGCUGUCACAAAGUGCUUUCAUAGUUCUGUAAGGAACGUGAGGUAUGAUAACUUAUAUUCUGCUAACAGGACAGCACAAAUCUCCUAUCCUUUAAUAUUAUGAGAAUCCUCCUGUGACAGAGAAAAGGGUUGAUGUCUAGCACUUCCAAAUUGCCAGUAAACAUAUAUUUAAAAUUCCCAUUUUGACUCAUUCAGAUUUGAAGUUUAAUUGUACUUCUCUCUAAGUUACAAUGUAACCUGCAAGCAUAAAAACAUACAAAGUGUUUGGAAUACUGUAUACUGUCUCCAACAAGGGGGUGCAUCAGUAUCCUUCCAGUAUAUGUUGCUCGCUGCAUAUUUUCCUAUGUGUUAUGAUUUACAACAAGUUUAUGCUAUUGAUUAACUUGACCCCAUUCUCAUGGUUGUAGUAUUGGUGCAUUGAGACAAACCUGUGUGUUCAUAAGUUCAUUGCUCCCCUCUGCUGCUUUUACUUUUUGGCAUUCCAUACUCACUUGCUGAGCACUGAAUGCUCUGGACACUUUUUCACUGCCUCUGCCCACUUUCAUCUUGGACAAACUGCUGCUUAAUAUAUUUUUGGAGCUAAUCGUGAGAAACAUCCCAAAUUUAGCAGCAAAUACUCAGCUUUAAGCUGCUGGCAACCAUUAGAAACUUUUAACACCCUGGUAUAUUACAACUUGAAGGUGACUGAAAUUUCAGUAUUGUUGACUUUUCUAAUAAACAAGGUUUUUUGUAUGUGGGAAUAUCAGUAAGAUGUCUGGAUAAAAUGUUCAGUUUCCAAGUAGUUUGAUUCAGGUUUUUUUUUCAUGUGUACAGCUAGCAUAAAUCCUGUGUUCCCUGGCAAGCACGGUUUUUGAUGUUCUUCUGUAUAAUUUGAAAAACCACCUGUUCUUUCUGUAGGUUAUAAGUUGGGUGCUUAGGAAAAGAUUAGUUGUGUCAUAAAACUCUAGCUGGUUCUACUGAAAUAUAUUUUCUCUCAUACUUGCGUGCACACACACACACACACACACACACACACACGAAGAAAGAAACUGAAUUCAAGCCACUGGCUCAUAGUUUGCUCCUAACAGUUUUGAAAACACUAAUUGCUACUGACAUUUUAUUUUAUAAUUCAGAAACUCUCUGUUCCUUCUGGGUUUUAAGAAAAAGCAAAAUAUUGUUCCUCCAGUGAAAAUAGUUUCUUCAUGUGAUAGACUUUACCUCCUAAAACACGAUCCAAAUUACGUAUGAUAUUUGAUUGGAAUUUAUUAUUUCUAAGUGUGCUCCAAUUUCCAUCACUUCAUUAUGGGAAGAUCUUUUGCAUCUACUUCAUCAUUAGCACAAUUGUCUUAAGAGUUCAUAUGCCAUGUUUAGUGUCAGGGUUUGUUUUUUCUUUCUUUCUGGCAACUUUGAUUAACAUAGAUUGGGUCAUAUUCCCAUUAUUAGAAACCAUGAGACACAUCUUUCUGUCUGCAUUGUGCAUUUUAUAGCCAGAGAAUUCAUUCUUGAAUAUAGUUCCUGAUUUCUUGUUGCUUUUGUGGCAAUUUGGGGGGAAAGAUGGCUUUUCCUUUUAAAACAGCCUUGUACUUGCAACCUGAUGUACUCCAGUUGACAUAAAGAAAAUACCAAGCUCUCUUAAAGACCCCUUUUUAUUUUCCUCCACUUAGACAGCCAUCAGCUCGGCCCUAACCUCUUGAUGCAACUUGGUGGCACCAAAGGAAGAGGCCACUCUGUUUCCAAGUGACUAGUUAAAUGAAAAGAAUCCGACCAGUUCUGUGUUGUUUGCAGAUCUUGGAUGGCUGCUGAAUAUCUUUUCAGAUCUCUGGGGAAAGGAGUAGUCAGCCUUCAGACUGGAAGUUACUUCCGUUGUGGCACGUACACAGAACUUGUCAGAUAAAAUGAAUUUGACACCCAUCUGCUAGGGAACCUUUUCUCGUUCCCUAAGAAGUCAGAAACAGUUUAGCUUUCCUCUUCCACCAUCAUUUUCUUUUUUAAAAAACUGCUUUUUUCUCCCUAGCACUAUCAGGAUUGGUGGGUUAGACAUAGUGGAAGAAUGGGAAGUAUCUGCUCUUUGCCCAUGAGGUGAUUUUUCCCAUGGAGUCUUUAAAGCUCCUGUUUGCUGCUAGGCUGUUAACUGUUUAGGGAAGUUUUUAAUGUUUGAUGUUUUAUCGCUUUAUUAUUAUCAUUAUUAAUAUUACGUUGGGAGCCGCCCAAAGUAGCUGGGAAAACCCAGCCAGAUGGGCGGGGUGUGUGUGUGUGUGUGUGUGUGUGUGUGUGUGUAUGUAUAUAUAUAUAUAUAUAUAUAUAUAUAUAUAUAUAUAUAUAUAUAUAUAUAUAUAAAAAUGUGGAUGCUUUAGAGUUUUGGAAGAAUCUCCUCGAGAGUAUGAGGUACUCUCUGCCUUUAUAGGCUGGGGGCCUGGUUACCAAGAACACUCUAAAUAGCAACCUCACUUUUACCAGUGUGAGGAUUGGCAGACUGCGUAUAUAUUAGGAGACCAGGUGAGAAACAUAGCUGUCCUAUGAUAGCAAACCUAAAAGGCAUUGUAAAAGUUUCUAAACUUUUCCCAUUCCUAACAGUUGGUUUUGUAGGCUUGUUCCUUCCAUCCUUCAUGUGGUAUCAGUCGUUGUGUGGUUUUGGGUUGGAAACCGAGAACUGCCACUGCUGCAGUUUGUGCAUCUUCUCACAAGUUCCAAGAAGUGUAGAAAUUAAAGUGGCAAGGUUAUGAUAGUGGGUGGGAGAUAAUUCUUUUGGGUACAGAGAAGCUGGUCAAUCCUAACUCAGGUCCCUGGUUUGUUCAUAAAGGGAGGGCUUUUUUCAGGUAAGGACAGUUUGUAACUAAUACCCAGUGCUUGAGACAGCCUCAACAACCAACCACCUUUCAUCAGAGCCAACCGUGUAAUCUGACCAUGUAAAAUUCACAUUUUGGCGGCUUCUUCUGCAGGCAGCAUAACUAAUAAAUGUUCCACUCUUUUCAUCCUCCAUUUGCACUGGAUUCCUGCCUCCUAAUAUGUUGGGGCUAUUUGGUCUCCCCUUCUACUCCCUCUUCUGCCCUAAAAAGUUGAAAUAAAAAGACAACAGAUACUAUCACAGUAUUGUUGGAUUUUUGCUGCCAUUCCUUUCUAACCUUCCACCCGGCACGCUUGGUAGGGAUGCGGGAGAGGGACUUCUCAGUGACUUCUCCCAGAUUUUGCAACUCCCUAGAGAAGCUAGAGGGAUGCGGGUGGCACUGUGGGUUAAACCACAGAACCUAGGGCUUGCCAAUCAGAAGGUCGGCAGUUCGAAUCCCUGCCACGGGGUGAGCUCCUGUUGCUCGGUCCCUGCUCCUGCCAACCUAGCAGUUCAAAAGCAUGUCAAAGUGCAAGUAGAUAAAUAGGUACCGCUCCGGCAGGAAGGUAAACGGCGUUUCCGUGCGCUGCUCUGGUUCGCUAGAAGCGGCUUAGUCAUGCUGGCCACAUGACCCAGAAGCUGUACGCCGGCUCCCUCGGCCAAUAAAGCAAGAUGAGCGCCGCAGCCCCAGAGUCGGUCACGACUGGACCUAAUGGUCAGGGGUCCCUUUACCUUUUAGAGAAGCUAGACAGGCUCCCUCCUUGUAGUCCUCCUGCCAGCAGUUUAAGACUUUUUUUUUUAAUCCAAAUAAUUGUUAUUGGUUUUCAUGUAAAUACGAGAACAACAUAUAACUACAGUAACUUGUCGAGUGGUACAUUCUUACUAAGUUUCAUAUGCAGUUAACUGGGCAUCAGAGUUAAGACUUUCUUGUUCCAACUGGCUUUUGGAAACUGGUGGCUUAUAAUGAGAGAGCUGGUGCGCUGCUGUUUUUAUUGUAUUUAUUGGUGAAGUGGGGAGGCAGCCGAGAUACAUUUCAGACAUCCUGAUAAAUCAGCAUAUUGCGGUAUUUAGCUGCUGAUAUAUCAUGUUGUCAAAAACCAGAUAUCGACCCAAUCCUGAGAAGCAGAAAUAUGUUGUGUGUCCUUACAGAUGGGCAAAGGACGUUAGUAGGAAGUUUUAGUACUACAAACUGGUAUGAAAUGCACCACAUUAAAAUGCUAUGGUUAGUAGGAACAGCUUGAUACCAGUGGACUGUCCAGCAUGACUACAAAGGGAUACUUCUUACUUUUUUGUGUACAUCCCUUGGGGCAGAUGCUGCUACAUAGUGAAUGGUAAUGACGGGACUGAUGCACAAAUUGUUAGUUGACAUCAACCUUUCUUGCAGAUUUGCAGAAUUGAAAUGUUAGCAACAGCCUUAAUAAGGGCUUAACUCUGUGCUAUUUAAAUUGUCAUUUUAAUCAGUGAUUUGCUUUCUAAAUCCCGCUUUCUAAUUUAUUUGAUCAGACAAAAUUAACUAAUGUACUUAGAAUUUAGAUAGAGUUUGCCUUUUUUCUGAGCUGGUUUCAGACAGGCUUCAAAGGAAAAGGGGAGGCUCUGAAAUGGAAAGUCUCCUGUGCUUUUUCUUUUUAUGAACCUCCUUGUGUCAGUGGGAGAUGGCCCCAAUAAAUUCUAACCCCUGAGGCUUGUGAAUUAAAUUAGACUGGGGUUUUUUGAUGUUGUAUUAGCAAUCUCCACUGUAGCUAUCAGUUUUAUUUAAUGAGCAAUUAAUGUAAGUAAUGAGUGAUAAAUGUUUCUUAAUAGGAAAGAUAUGAAAUACCGCUCUAAAGGCUAUUACUUGAAUAGUUAACGUGUGCAUUUGACUUUCAUGAAUAUCUAGUGCUCAAUUCCAAUAAUAAACCUUUAUUAAUUAUCAUUAGUGAAUUAUUAAUCUUUUGGUUUAUCUUUUAUAAUAAGUAUAGCAUGAGGCAUUCUUUGGAUUUGCUUGAAGAAUUGCAGGCUUUUCUCCCAAUUCCUCCUUUAACAAAAGACAGAAUGUUCAAAGUUCUGUUGUGGUGUUUAAAGAUUCUGUGGCCGGUUUCAAUAAUAUGAUUUAACCCUCUUAGGAAAUAGACUAGUGUGUGGUAUUACAUUCUACCAUCUCCGAAGAUACUGCUGUAUAGUUAGUUAGCUCAAAGUAAGGGAAAAAGAAAGGAACUAGGAACACUCCUCUUGAAAUUUUAUAGCCCUCUCAUCCAUGACUUGCUCUGAAUUUAGAGCUUACCUAGCAGCUUUUGAAGCUAAUUCUUAGAGUUAAGGGACCCUUAAACAAAGCCUGAUUUGCUGGCUCCUCUAGUGACCUUUUUGCUGUCUUCCAAGAGGGACUCAAUGGGGUGCUCAGGAGUUACCAACACACAUUUCCUGAGAAACACUGUCAGUCGCCCAGCAAGUCUAAGCUUUAAGAAGAGCGGGAACUGCCUGCCUCUCAAGUUGCUUGCUUGAAAUUGCUUCAUGUGUCUUAAGGAGCUAGUUACUUUCUUCACAGGGUGGUGGCUGGUCAUAUUAAAAAUCGAUAUAAAGUGAUUAACUAUGAAUAAAUAAAAAGGUAUAUUCUGCAGUGGAAUGCUAAUAGAUCCAGUUAAAGAUACAUGUCAGUAAUUGUACUAAUUAAAGUUGGCAGUAAUAAUAGUAAUUAUUAUUCUUAUUAAACUGUAUUAUCCACCCAUCACCAUCAGGUCCCAGGGCAGAUUACAGCAAUUUAAACUUCAAUAUUAAAAAAUAGUUAAAACAGAUUCGUCAAAAGAAGGUCCUGAAAAUGCAUAGUGUCAAAAGCCAGAGUAAAGAUGCAUGUCUCCAGCAUACUAUGCUGAAUUUAACACCCAAGAGGGUAUGUAGGAAAGGAAGUGAUCUUUCAGAGAUGUGGGGCCUAGCCCAAACCAUGCUAUCAAAAGCAUUGAGUGCUGGUAGCGAUGCAACACACACACAACCCCACUACCCAGUUCUACAGUGGUUAAAAUGUUGUAUUCAGAUGGGGAGUAGGAUGAUUAAAAUGUUAAACUCUUAAUAAAUAUUCUUGCGAUGCAGGGGGUUGGACUAGAUGAUCCUCAGGGUUCCUUCCAACUUUACAAUUCCAUGAUUCUGUGUUUGCACUUUCUUUGUGAUUGGAUCUUUUUGCUUCAUGAGUUUACAAGCAUAUGUUGCAUUAUAUCUGACAUUUGAAGAAGGUUCAUUGUAUUAUUGUGUAUUAUUAUGCUAAGCUCUGCACUAACCAGAAUUCUUUGUCUUGAGGUAUUUGGCUGAGGUCUUAAUCUCUUAAAAUAUUUGACCCAAAGAAUGAUUUUGUUUUACAGUUUGAAUUAUUUUACAGUCAGCAUUUCAGUGGGAGGAAACUCACCUGGCUUCAUUAUCUCUGCACAGGUAAAAUAAGUGUGCAUGCUUUUUACCUUCUGGAAGUUUCUAAUAUGCUAAUACUAGUUUUUUAUUAUUGGAACCCAUAAAUCCUUUGGAAGUUUAGUAAAUUUUUAAAACCCUCUUAAAAUUACUUUCGUUGACAUUGUUAAUAUGGUUGUGCUGAUUUAGCACUAAUAGGUAUCUUAAUUUCAUCUCCUUUGAAGCUUGCCUAUAGGAUUUAUUGCUUUACAGAUUGUAUCUUUGUGAUAUUAACAGAGUGUUCUCCAGAAAUGAGUUGUAUUUCGAGACAGCCUUUUGGAAAACACCCAGUUAUUAGUAUAGGUUGAAAAAAGAAAAUGUUAGCAUAAGAUUCAGUUUGAUUAUACAGGCAACUCGGCAUAGUUUGAUUCUUCAACAGUGCUUUGAGCUGGAACGGUUUAAGGUUUGUUAGCAAGACCUGGAAAGCUGGGACAGAAGGGCAUUAUGGAAGUGUGUGUACAAGGAACAAAUUAAUGCAGACACCAGGAGACAGGAUUGGGGAGUAAUGGAUGUGGAGAUGACUACACUAAAUGAAAGAAUAUAAGAAUAGCCCCACUGAAUCAGACUGGCAGCUCAUUCGGUCCAGCAUCCUGUUCUUACAGUGACCAACUAGAUGCCCAUGGGAAGUCAGCAAACAACCUAAACUCCACAAUAUUUUGCCCACUUACGUUUCCCACCAGCUGGUAUUCAGAUGCACAUUGCCUCUGGCAGUAUAGGUAGUAAAUAGCCAUCAUUGCCAGUAGCCACUGAUAACCUUAAUUUCCAUGAAUUUGUCAAAUAGGUGGCCAGCGCUGCUACUUGUGAGAGUAAAUUCCAUUGUUCAACUAUGCGCUGUGUGAAGACGUUUGUUCUUUUGUCUGACCUGAAUCUUCCAACAUUCAGCCAUAUUGGGUGGUCUUGGGGCCUAGUACUAUGCGAGAAGGUGAAAAAUGUCUUGCUGUCCACUUUCUCACACUGUGCAUAAUUUUUAUAUACCUCAGUAUCCCAGCUGUGUACAGAAACAUGCUUUAUUUGAGUUAUUUCUUUCACUGAGAGAACCAGUUAAUAAAACCCUUAGCUCAUUUCUUCUCUGCAUGCUUGGUUCGGUUAACCACCAGGCCUUGGGCUACUCCAUGCCUGGCCCCACGUUGAAGGAGAGUGCCAUUUUUAAAAUUUGUAAUGUGAGCUAAACCGGUUCAUGAAAUGCAUCGUUGAUUUGCAGGUGAAGUUAAAAUGAAUUAUUUGUGCAAACCAUAUGUAGCCAUGGUUACAACAUACCAAAUGGCAGUGCUGCUUGCCUUCAACAACAGUGAAACUGUCAGUUAUAGAGAACUUCAAGACAGUACGCAGAUGAAUGAGAAGGAAUUGACAAAAACGAUCAAGUCGUUACUUGAUGUCAAAAUGAUCAACCAUGACUCUGAGAAGGUACGUCGCCAAAGGGACAUAGAAUGUAUUUGCUUCUGUCUCCACUUGCUGGACAUUUGCAAGUGUUUUGUGUUUGUUUUAUGGGGGAGAUGAAGCACUGCCUUCCGUCACUAUCGCCCACAGCUUGUAUAGUAACGGAGGGCAACCUGUGCUUCCCCAGAUGUUGCUGAACUGCAGCUCCCAUCAUAUCUGACCAUUGACCAUUCUGGCUAGGAGUGAUGGGAGUUGGAGUCCAUCAACAUCUGGAGAGCCACAGGUUCCUCAUCUUUUGCUUAUAGAAUUUCAGAUUGGCCACAUCUUUAUGUGGUUUUGGAACACUGUGUCAGGAGCUUGUCCUACACUCGAGAAGGACCCUGGCAGAGACACAUGCCCGACUGGCAUGUUCUCUCCCUCCUGGUCUUUCGUUCAGGAGCUUCAAAAGCUUUCUUCUGCCCGAACAUCACAGCGACCGAUGCCAACAGACAUCGGCACACUUAAGGAUCCACAGAGUCUUGGCAGCUUGCGUAACAGACCUCAGCAACUCAGCAUUUUGGCUAAUCUACUUUAUUUAUGUAUAACACACACACAGAGCACUGCAACAUGGCUCCCUCUCUCUCUCUCUAGCAUCAGACAGCAAAGAGAAAGAACAAAGGACAAUAGUCCCACUUCACGGAACACAGUAACACAAACAUCCUGUCUCUAUCACUUCCCACUUCGUGGAGUCAAAACAUACCACGUCAUGUGAAACACAACAAUCCCAUAAGAGCCAUUGUGGAGCAGGAAUUCUAACACAUUGUCCAUGAGAACAAUGCAAAUUACACCUGCCUAAAAACCUUGAACUUCAUGCCUCUCAAGUAAGGUAAAGGUAAAGGACCCCUGGAUGAUUAAGUCCCAUCAAACGGGUGCGGUGCUUAUUUCACUUUUCAAGGCUGAGAGAGCUGGCGUUUGUCCGCAGACAGCUUUCUGGGUCAUGUGGCCAGCAUGACUUAAACUGCUUCUGGUGCAACGGGACAAGUGCCAGAGCGCAUGGAAAUGCCGUUUACCUUCCUGCCACAGCGGUACCUAUCUACUUGCACUGAUAUGCUUUCAAACUGCUGGGUUGGCAGAAGCUGGGACAGAGCGACGGGAGCUCACCCCAUCGUGCAGAUUCAAAACGCGACCUUUCGAUCGGCAAGCCCAAGUGGCUUAGUGGUUUAGACCACAGCGCCACCCACGUCCCUCUCACGUACCAGUCCCCAUGCCCCUUUGCAAACUGCUUUUGAAACUCAGUGUUCUUUCAGAAACAGUUGGUAAAAAUGACUUGAAGUUUUACUCCUCAAAAUGGACAAAACCUCAAAAAUCCCACCUAAAGUACUGAAGCUUGGAGUGCUGUGUGUGCCUGUUUCCUGUGCAUCUGAGGGGACUUGAGUUUCCAUAGUUAGCAAAAAGAACAUCCUGAAGUACAGCUUACCCAGAACAUUCCUGACUGUGGGUCUCCUAGACAAGGCAGUAGACAGUUAUUACAAACCUAAUCCUUGAGCAGUGCAACAAACUCAUGUUCUUAAAGCUAUAUCUAUCCCCAUAGGCUGAAAUGAGAUUAUCUGUAAGAAAUGGUCCAUUUUUCCUCAGUGCCUUUUUGUAAUUCAAUUUAAGAGGACAAGGAAGUGCACUUUCUAACUUUUCCCCAGGAAUGUCACAGGAUUGAUAGACUAAAACAUGUUCUAAUUAUUUUUCAGUAAUUGGUCUUGCUAUAUUUCAAUCUUGUUAACAACAUUAGGCAUUUUUGUGUUCAGCGUAGUGGAACAAUUGCACUGGGCUCGUUUUAAAAACAAUCAUAUAUGUAAAAUGCAUUAUCUUGAGUGCCUUGAGUUGCCAAACUGCUCCAUAGGGAAGUUAAAUAAUUCAGACCUGCCAAAUUGAAGAAAAAAAAUAGCAAUAUGUUUAUAUUUCAACAGCGAAGAUGUAAGCCAUAUGUAACUCUAGAUAUUUUUCAUGCAAGCUGUUCACUGUUCUUGGGGAAACAGACAAGCUGUUAAUGUGUUUGGCAUCAUUUGUGUGUGAAAUACACAUGCUUUUCUCAUUGCAGGAAGAUGUAGAAGCAGAGUCUACUUUUUCAUUAAAUAUGAACUUCAGCAGUAAACGGACAAAAUUUAAAAUCACUACAUCAAUGCAAAAAGAUACACCACAGGCAAGUAUCAACUUCUUUGAUAUGAACUAGCUUGAAUUGCAUGAAUAGUAUAAAACUGAAACCUAUUUUUAAAACUGCUAACUUUUUGGUGUUAGAAGUAGAAAGAGUUAAUGGGAGGCAAGCAAGAUCAUUGCAAUGAGGUUGCUAGUAUAGACAGCAUGGCAUUUUCAAGGCGAUCCAGUGCAAACUGGGCUUCAAAUUGAGAAGUGUGGAUUAAAUUGGGAAUUUCCAAUUUACCAAAUUGCUCUAAGUCUCAUCAGUCCUUUACAGCUAACAGCAUUAGUCAUUCCAACUUGUUCACAGUGAUUACAGCUUGAAAAAUAAAACAUUUGAACUAGGAAUGUCAUUCCUUUCAACCAUGUGUCAUGGCAGAUAUCUAGAUAAGCUAAGAAUUAAUAUUUCUCGAAUCUCAGUUGCAUAAUGAACUAAACUUUUAUCAAAUUAGUCUUAUUACUUCACUGAUCCAAUUGAUCCACCACCUUCUCCAAAAACCGGAUAUUGCAACUGGCUGAUAGCUGGGAGUCAGUAACCUCUGGACCUUCCAUAAUUACUCAGCUGGCUGGCUACUAGAGGACAUAAUGCAAACUGCAAAAAGAGCUUUAUUCACAGCCCACACUUCCACAUGGCAAGCAUGAUUGUGAAUUCUUGCCAGUGUUCGGUUGGCUUCAGAGCGAGACUAGCCACUUGUGCUCCAGUCUUCUCCUACCUGGUCCAUAGUCUAGAGCAGAGUUUCCCAAACUUGGGUCUCUAGCUGUUAUUGGACAAUAACUGCCACCAUCCCUAACUAGCAGGGCCAGUGAUCAGGGAUGCUGAGAAGUUUAGGAAACCCUGGUCUAGAACUCCUUAGAGUCCCAAGGAGCUGCUCCAGCUCCAUCACGCCUCUGAAGGCGGGCCAUCUGAAUGGGCCCACCAUUCUUACAGGGGAGAAUUGCCAGUGUCCGCCCAGAUAAUGACAGGGGUCUGACCAUGACAAGGAAGUGCCUUGCACUCCUGCUACAUCAAGAGUGUGCCCUGCCUGGUGUGUUGGACCAAUGGCCAUCUGAGAGAGACCCAUGGUUGUCAUGGAUGUCAUGAAGUCUCUAGCUGGCCUGACAGCAGCCACCAUGUGGAUAUGGAUAUGGAAAUCACCCAAGAUUAUCAUCUGAGGGUCCUCCUCAGAGACUACUUUAGCAAGCCUGAUCAGGGAUGUUUAGUAGACCAGCAGCACCCCUGUCUUUCUGGCCCAAUACCAGAUGCAGACCCUCUGAGCCCAUCCCAAGAUCAAGAGGCUUCCUGGCCAAGGAGAUGUUGCUCUUAUGGACAAUAGCAACACCCCCACCUCAACCCCCUAGUUAUGCACAAUCAGGUUGUACAUGAGCAUGGUUUUAUUAUGGACCAAUCUAGCAUUCAGCAACAGCACCACCAGACCAGAGGAGACAGUGGAUAUGCUACCAGUAACUUCUGAUGGAGUCAGAGGGCUGAAAUAAGGAUCGGAGACCAAAUCCCUAGGCCUCUGUCCCUGAUGGUCAGCCCCCACCCCUGCUCAAAAUGUGCCUUCCCCUGCCCAACACCACUGAAAUCUUGCCCAUCCAGAAGCAUUAGCACGCCAUAAUUCACCCCAUAUGCAGCUUGGAGAUUUGAAUACAGAAUAGCAAGCUCAGGACCAGUACUAUAUGCAUCCUACACAGCCAGAAGUUGAUGUUAAAUCCCCUAGCCACUCUCUUCCCCCUGCCUCUCACUCACAACUUCCACAAAGCAAGACUUCCCCUCCACCUGGCUCUCACCCUAGCUGAGGGUCACAGGUGUUUCACACAGUACCUUCUAUAUCCUGACUGACAGUAUGGGGCGCCCCUGCCCCUGUUUCUUCCUGACGUAUGACUCAAAAGUGGCAAACCCCUUUGGUGUCAAGCUGGUUAUAGCAAGGCAGGCCCUGGAACCCCCCCCCCCAACUGCAUUCACUCAGCCAGCAAUCAGGCAAUAACCCACGCUAUUAAGCAGAGCAAACACUGUUACCUUCAGCCAGAUGAUACACAGGUCAAGCAAAUGCUGUAGCGCGACACACACUUGCUGGCUGGGAGGACAGACCAGGCAAGGACCAGGAUGGUACAAAGUCCUCCCUGUUUUCUCUGUGAGUCUGCUGACUUUUUGUUAAGUAGCUUAGAGAGUGUUUCAGUGGUCUCACAUCCAGACACUGCUGAGAUCCAACUCACCUUAACUUCCAAGUGCACAAUAGCAUUAGCGUCGCCAUCAGGAUUCACUAACAGAAACCAUAGUGUUAGCUAUGAGCACAGUGCAAUGCACAGCCUGAACAUACAAUUCCACGACUGCAUUCCUGGUGCAAACUUCACAGCCAACCCCCUGAAUUAUACCUUGUUAGACUAUUGAAUCAGUCUCUUGGUAUAUAAAUCAGUUAAUGUGUGUGUGUGUGUGUGUGUGUGUGUGUGUGUGUGUUGCAGGAAAUGGAGCAAACCAGAAGCGCUGUAGAUGAAGAUAGAAAAAUGUACCUUCAAGCUGCUAUAGUUCGUAUCAUGAAAGCGCGGAAGCUUCUGCGACACAAUGCUCUUAUUCAGGAGGUAAGAGCAUGUGCUGACCAGUGUUAUGGACUUGAUGAAAACAUGUAACUUAUUCUGUUCUGGCGGAAAUUUGUAGAAUGUAGUAGGAGAUCUUGUUAAGGACAGUGGUUUGGUUAUUGCUGUUUUUGGCCAGGUUGGAAGCCCCUAAUGCUAUAUAUACAUUGGAACUCUGGUGUUAGAACUGUCAACUUUAAAUACAAAACAUAGGGCACAAAAUGCCAUGUUAGGUAUCCCCAAGCAGAUGCAAAUCAAACAACAUAGAGGUGUCAUAAUGCACCCAAAAGAUGCUUGGGCUUUCAGUGAGAGGUUGCCUAGAGAAGUGCUGUAAACUGAGUGGUACACGAGAACAGCAACUGACAGCAAUAAUUUCUGUUGUCACAAAAGUCAUUUUACCAGCAGUGCUGAUUAUGGAAAUAGUUGCAGCAGGUUCCAUUUUUACCAGCAGGUUUACAUGUGCAUUCCUCCACAUGAAGUACAUUUGUACCUUGGUUUUCAAACAGAAUCGGUUCUGGAAGUUCGUUCCACUUCCGAAAACGUUCGAAAACCAAGGCUUCCAAUUGGCUGCAGGAGCUUCCUGCACUCAGUCAGAAGUUGGACGUUCGGCUUCCAAAAAAAGUUAGCAAACCAGAACACUUGCUUCUGGAUUUGCAGCAUUUGGGAGCCAAAACGUUCGAGUCACAAGGCGUUCAAGAACCAAGGUACGACUGUAUGCUCUGUGGAAAGCUCAAGACUGUUCACAAGGAGGAAAAAUAAUAUUAUGUGAACUAUCCCACAGUUCAGGAAAAAAAUGAAUGUAUGCCCUUUUAGAAUGAUGUGCAGAAGGUGACAUUGGUUUUGUUUUGAAGCUUUAUAACUCAUUUGAAUUAGGUGUAUGUUAAAUAAAGCGUCUCUCUCUCUCUUUCAGGUCAUUAGCCAAUCAAGAGCUAGGUUUAAUCCAAGUAUCAGCAUGAUUAAGAAGUGUAUUGAAGUUCUGAUUGACAAACAAUACAUUGAGCGGAGCCAGUCCUCAGCAGAUGAGUACAGCUAUGUAGCAUGAGGUUAAUAUCCUGCAGGUAUGGUUGUACGGAGAUCAUUGCUGUCACUGCUUGGUGUGUCCUGUGGGGGGGAAAAAAGCAGGCCUGCUGUGUCUCCAUAAUUGGUCACUUUGGCAGCCCCUGUUUUUUCUGCUGUUUACAACAUCACCAGUGCCACGUCAUGAGCGUCAACGAAAAGAAAUGAAAAGCCUAUAGAUAUUCCAAGCUCAUGUCAUUAUGACAUUUCUUAAAACUUUACUAAACGAGAAUGAGUAAAGUAUUGCUGAAAUGUGGAAAUUUUGGUUGGAUACCAUGCUUCCCCCCUUCCACCCCCUCCAUGCCCCCCACGUUUGCAGUUGAUGUUUUUUAAUGUAUCUUAAAAGACAAAGUUAAAACAGACUAAAUAUUGUAAUAUGGCAGAUAACAUAAUAAUUGUAUCUACAUUAAAAUGUAAAAAGAACAUGAUACUGCUGCUUGUCAAAUAAAUAAAGAAAUGGAAUAUGUUGUGGUGAUUUGAUUUUAAUUAAUAAAUCAACUUUGAAGGACAUC